AUGCAUUUCCAAGGAAAAGUCUCUGGUGAAAUGGACGUGAAAGUGACCAGAACCUUUACCUGCCUUCUGCUGCUGCUGCUGCUGCAAUCCCUCCCUGCUCAGGUGAGUCUUGCCUUUGUCUUCCUAUUACCAACGCAGCCGUCUUCCACGCGGUUCCUGCGUUGUUGCAAGCGGGGGUUGGGCUGGAUGACCUUUGGGGUUCCCUUGCAGCUUUGCAAUUCUAGGAUCCUGCUCUCUCCUCCUCCUCCUCCCCUCCACCGGAGCUUAUCCCCCCCCUUCCAAUUAAUUCCGUUCUGUUUCGACCCUUGGAAACUUGGAUAUUUGGGCGAUAUUUGGGGGCGAGUGGGCGAAGAUCUUUGCGCGCCCCUUCGCUCCUUGGAAAGCAACCACCGCUUGGAUUUGAAACUUGCGUGUCGAUCUCUCCAAAGGAAAUGAAGGGGGACUUGCGCGCUUUCUCGGGAGUAAGCCGCGCUCUUCCAGAGGAUCUCGGUCUUCAAGGAAGGGCGUGGCUGGGGUUUGUCCGGACAGGGACUUGACGAUGAGUUUGAAUUUGGCUGUUGCAGUUGGUCCGUGAUUUUUUUGAUAUAUAUAUUGUUUGUGUGUGUGUGUGUGUGCGUUUGUUUAAAGUGCACGAGUUUGGAGAAAUUGUUUUUAGGAGCAGCAGCGCCCUAGUUUCCCAGCACACGCGCAAACUUGGAUUUAAGAGGCUUGCAGCUUCUUUCGGAUGGCCUGAAAGAGUGCCUCUGAGCAUAAAUAAGAGCGCGUUGCUCUCAGCCUGGAGUAGCGCGCAUCAAACGCCUCUCCUGACCACCAUAACUGGGGCUGGGUGUUUAAAAUGCAAGAGUACUGCUUAAUCUCUCUAAUCGCACAAAAUUUAUGUACUGCUUGAUUGUUGAAAAAAUAAUCUCAAAGCUGUUUACCCCAAAAAAAAAACACACCAAAAAAGAAAAAGCAGCAACAGUAAUUUAAAGCUAAAGUAUAACAAUAGACUAAAAACAGAAAAAAAAAAAAUUCUGAUUGGUGGCAUUCAUUUCCCUAGCACUUACUGUGCAGAUUUUGUUUUUGCCAUCCACAAAGUUAUUUUGUAUUGUUUUAGUAUUAUUUAUUACAGUGGUACCUUGGGUUACAUAUGCUUCAGGUUACAUAUGCUUCAGGUUACAGACUCCGCUAACCCAGAAAUAGUGCUUCAGGUUAAGAACUUUGCUUCAGGAUGAGAACAGAAAUCGUGCUCCGGCGGCACGAGGCCCCAUUAGCUAAAGUGGUGCUUCAGGUUAAGAACAGUUUCAGGUUAAGAACGGACCUCCGGAACAAAUUAAGUACUUAACCUGAGGUACCACUGUAGAUAUAUAUACCACCCUUCUUCAAAAGAUAUCACAAGAUAAAAAAACAAAAACAAGGGCAAAGCACAACAGCUCUGUGAGGCGGGCCAGACUUGCAGCUGGCACCGAAGCUUGGGCAAAUAAUUUCACUGCCCCACACCCUCUGGAAAAAGGGUGAUAAGGUCUCAGUUCUCCAGAACUUCUUGAAUUCUUUCGAACUGCUGGCUUCUAAAGGACUUGUCACCAGGUGGAGGAGUCUGAGAGAGAGAGGAAACAGGCCCCCUUGCCAGCCUUAGAGUACUAAAAACACAUUCACCAGUGGUGAGAAGGUGUUUUCCUGGGAAAUCCAGACUCUCUACUUGAGAUCUCAAAAUAUAAAAUAGUUGCCUUUUAAAUUACCCAGUCAGCUUUGCUUUUGGGGUGAUGGAAAGUAAAAGAGGGACCCUUCCUUUUCUCUGUCCCCACUUUUGCAUAGAUGAGGCUGUUUCGCAUGCAUUGCGUUGGGAUCUGUGUUCGAGAAGGUACAGAGAUUUACUUCUGGUUAAAACAGGAAGGGCGUUUUCGCUGUGCAUUUUGCAGUUUUUAUGUUGUGAUUUUGCGUCGUGAACCUCCCUGAGAUCCGCGGGCAAAGGGUGGCAUGCAAAUUUAAUGCAUAAUAAUAUUUUGUAUGCAAUGUGGUUAAUGCAUUUCUAGGUAUCAUUGCUCCUGGUGCUUUUUAGUGACAGCAAACGCAAGGAGCCUAAAUUUCGGCCCUUGGCAGAAGGGUCUACAAUUGCACAAAACUCUGCAGUUCUAUGAUUCUGUACUGUUCCACGAUUCCCCAGUAAAAAGGGGAAGGGCUAGGGGGAAGCAAGAUCAAGAGUUCGAAUUCCCAACUUCACCUUGGACUUCCAGCCCACCACUGCAGCUCAGACUUGGUUUGCCUGUUGUGAAAUGUGAGCAGCAGUGGCCUACCUCACAGGGUUAUUGUGAGACUCGAGGCUGCAAUUUUAUUUACGUUUAACCUGGCCGUGAAGCCCAUUCAUGUGGCUUUACUUCCGCAGUGGUAUUUAGGGGGUUGUGCUACGGAUUAAAUAGCAUGUUAAAGUCCUAAGCAUUCUUUUUGGGAGCAAGUCCUGUCGUUUCUUCUCUGUAUAUGUGAUUGAAAUCGGUCUGUACAAGUUUAUGAGCAUCAAGGAAUCUUGGGGAAAGAGCCUGCAGUCUUUUCAGCUGCCCAGUCUCUUCGGCUCGCCUUCGUCUUACUUAUUGGUUAAUUGGUUAUAGCAGGCACAUCCAACUAACAAGAUUAUGAUUAUUAUUUAUUAUUUGUACCCCACCCAUCUGGCUGAGUUUCCCCAGCCACUCUGGGCGGCUUCCAACAAAGAUUAAAAAUACAAUAAAAUGUCAAACUUUUAAAAACUUCCCUAAACAGGGCUGCCUUCAGAUGUCUUCUAAAUGCCAGAGAGUUGUUUAUUUCCUUGACAUCUGAUGGGAGGGCGCCACCACCGAGAAGGCCCUCUGCCUGGUUCCCUGUAACCGCACUUCUCGCAGGGAGGGAACCGCCAGAAGGUCCUCGGAGCUGGACCUCAGUGUCCCGGCAAAACGAUGGGGAGACUGUGAUCUAUAUAAAUCUGUAUUUAAAAAAUGGCAGUGACCUACCCAGAGUGGUUGAGCUUUUUGGGGGGGGCGAGGGGGGUGGAGGGCGGAUACAUUCAUUCCACAUCUUCUUUAAUCACGAGAUCAAAAAGUAUCCUGCGAUCGACCGCAAUCUCCAGGGAAUCUACCUGUCGACCGGUUGGACAUCACUGGGAGCCAGUGUGGUGUAGUAGUUAAGAGCAGAGGAAUCGUAAUCUGGUGAACCGGGUUCGAUUCCCCGCUCCUCCACAUGCAGCUGCUGGGUGACCUUGGGCCAGUCACACUUCUUUGAAGUCUCUCAGCCCCACUCACCUCACAGAGUGUUUGUUGUGGGGGAGGAAGGGAAAGGAGAAUGUUAGCCACUUUGAGACUCCUUAGGGUAGUGAUAAAGCGAGAUAUCAGAUCCAAACUCCUCUUCUUCUACUGGGUUAUAGUAUUUCACGCUGUAAUUGCUUUCGACGGCAGUGUUAGAAACUCAUAUAUGUAAGCUAGGUGCCAAAUGGCCCCUUAAGCCAAGGUUUGCAGUCGCCAAAAUGGAAGGUCCAGUUACCAUUUUGAGGCAAAACAGCUCUCAAGUCUGAUUUUUCAAAGGAUGGACUGACUGUGAUGGAUUCUCAGUUAAACAUCUGGCUCAGUUCAGAUUGCUAACUUGAGCUCGGUUAAGAGCUUUGAGAACUUAAAGAAGAAAAAUCGCUUGAUCCAGGGACAGUCCACAUAUAUAAUGGCCUAUUCCUACCUCUUUGUCUUAAUGGUGACACAGACCAUUCAUACGUAAGAAUAUUCUUCACAACUGUGAGCAAGGCAAUGAGGUGGGGAGGACAAGCAGCAACAAUACAAUACAAUACAAUACAAUACAAUACAAUAUAAUAUCUUUACUGUCAUUGCCCCAUACAGAACAAUGAAAUUGAAAACUCUACAUAAGACAUUCAGAAACUCCUAAAAACUCUGAAACCCCAUUUUAAAAUACAGUGGUACCUCGGGUUACAUACGCUUCAGGUUACAUACGCUUCAGGUUACAGACUCCGCUAACCCAGAAAUAGUACCUUGGGUUAAGAACUUUGCUUCAGGAUGAGAACAGAAAUCGCGCGGUGGCAGCAGCAGGAGGCCCCAUUAGCUAAAGUGGUGCUUCAGGUUAAGAACAGCUUCAGGUUAAGAACAGACCUCCGGAACGAAUUAAGUACUUAACCCGAGGUACCACUGUACUAGCUGCUAGGUUGCGGAAAAAUAGAAACAAGGCGUACAAUGAAAACACUGUGAAAAAUUGUGCUUCAGGUUAAGAACAGUUUCAGGUUAAGUACGGACCUCCAGAACAAAUUAAGUACUUAACCCGAGGUACCACUGUACUGCGUUUAAAACCAGAAUUGCAUUUGGGUAGAAACGAUUAACUAUAACAUUGUUCCCUGCUCCUGCUCAGGCUGCACAGAAAAAGGAUUUUGGUUCCUGAAAUCCAUUCCGAUUGUGCAGAUCAAAUACAACCAAUAGAAUUCUACAGGAUGUGGGAUUAGGGUGUGAAAACAUCCAAGGAUCCCCAGAUGGUGGAAAUAUGAAGCACCAUCCUGUCUCCCGGACAUCUUGACUUGGCCGAGAGCCAGGUGCAAAAGGCGCCUGGCGAAUUUCGAACCCAGUGCUGGACUAGUUGGGCCGCUGGCCUGAUCCGACAGGAAAUGAGAAGGGAGAUGAGGGAAGAAUGAUGCAGUUAUGACCAUUCUUUAUCCCAUGUGUUUGGUACCCUAGUUAGGUAAAAGACACACAAGUCCCUGCUUCCUAGGAGCUUACAGUGUAAACGGUAAUGGAUGAACAGGAGUGAUGAAGGAGGGAUUUGUCUUAGAAGUACAGUGGUACCUUGGUUCUCAAACGCCCAAAACCAGGUAGUAAAUGUUCCAGUUUUCAAACGUUUUUCGGAAACCGAACAUCUGAUGUGUCUGUCGGCUAUUGUUUCCAGGGCACCUGCACCAAUCAGAGGCCUCACCUUGGCUUUUGAACAUUUCGGAAGUCAAAUGGACUUUCAGAACAGUUUAAGUUUGGCACUUUUGUUUUUGCUAUUUAUUUUGCCCUUUUGUUUUUGAGGAUUUUUCGGUUAAUUUGUUUUUCUGAUGGUGUGGAACCCAGUUCAGCUACCCACUGAUUGAUUGAUUGAUUGAUUGAUUGAUUGUGUGACUGUGGAAAUGGAUUUUUAAAAACCCCAUCCAAACAAUGACUAUUUUCAGUGCAGGUCCGAAAAAAUAUAAAUUUUUAUUUUUAUCAUCUACAAUACUGUCUUAUUUAUUUUAUAGUACAGUACAUUGAUUCUUGCUUUCAUUUUGUGGAUCAGUGGUCUCGUUAGAGAGUAAAAUCCAUGUUAAAUUGCUGUUUUAGGGGUUGUUUUUAAAAGUCUGGAACAGAUUAAUCCACUUUGCAUUACUUCCUAUGGGAAAGCGCGCCUUGGUUUUGGAACGCUUUGGUUUUGGAACGGACUUCCGGAACGGAUUAAGCUUGAGAACCAAGGUGCCACUGUAGCAAAGUUGGCUCAGGUUAUUUUAUUAACACCACUUGAUCUCUCUGAAGAUCUUCCAGCUUUGACAGGGGUGCAUUUAGUAGCGCCAGGUUUUUGCAUACACAUAGAGCUGUUGUUAGGCCGCAGAUACAAAACCUUGAAUGUGUGGAGCCAAGUCUGCUGGUGUUUCUUUGAGGCUGGCUAGCUGACUCUGCUUUUGCUCAGGGCUACAUGCCUCUGUGAUGUAUAGGACUGUGGACUUUGCCUCAGGGUGUUUUCCCUUAAAUGGCUUUGGAAAGAUAUUUGGAAUUUUUGAGGGCGAUGUGAUCUAAAUCUUCCCUCAAGCGCUUAUUAAGCAGUACAAAAGACGGGGGAAUGUGAAUUUUAGCGAAACAUGAUGGGGGAGGCGAAAAUACCCACAAUUUAAGGGAAACCAAACAUUGCCUCCCAUUGAUGUUAAUUUACAGGCAAACACACAGCAUUUAAAGCAUUAAACUGUAUUUUGUUUGUGUCUGUACUUUGUGAAGAAGGGUCCCCGAGAAAAUAGAUUUUAAAAGGCUAUUAAACUUCAACUUUGUAGGGCACAAUCGAAAGGCGAGUUCCGUUACAAAAGUCCCAUUGAAGUGAAUGGGGGCUGUGCUAGACGAAAAUAAUCCCAUUCAUGUGAAUGGGACUUGUGCCCCCAAUAGCGUUUGUGACUCUAGGGGGUUAACUCCAGCAAGUACAAAUCUGUUUCCCCUAAAAUUGUGGGGUUUUUCUUUCUAAGUAUUAUUCAUGUGAAAAUCUGUGGUCAAUCAAGGCUUGAAGACAGGCGUGUCUGGGCCGUGGGGCUGACUUUUCUCAGAAGUAACACAGAGCAGGUCCCAGAUUUUCCUUACUGCUGUUUAGAUUGUAAAAACGUGGAGUUUUGAACCUGGAACAGAUGUGAAAUAAUCUAGGAUGCCAUCUUUAUAUCCAGCAGUGUUCUCAAACUAGGAUAAUUUCAUGCCUAGAUAAACAGAAUGUUGUUGUUGUUGUUUAGUCGUUUAGUCAUGUCCGACUCUUUGUGACCCCCUGGACCAGAGCACCCCAGGCACUUCUGUCUUCCACUGCCUCCCGCAGUUUGGUCAAACUCCUGCUGGUAGCUUUGAGGACACUGUCCCACCAUCUUGUCCUCCGUCGUCCCCUUCUCCUUGUGCCCUCCAUCUUUCUCAACAUCAGGGUCUUUUCCAGGGAGUCUUCUCUUCUCAUGAGGUGGCCAAAGUCUUGGAGCCUCAGCUUCAGGAUCUGUCCUUCCAGUGAGCACUCAGGGCUGAUUUCCUUAAGAAUGGAGAGGUUUGAUCUUCUUUGCUGCUUUCGUCACGUCCUCUUCCCCCUCUGACCUGCUGCGCCUCUUGGGCCUUACAUUCUUGCAGUCCAUGGGACUCUCAAGAGUCUCCUCCAGCACCAUAAUUCAAAAGCAUCAAUUCUUUGGCGAUCAGCCUUCUUUAUGGUCCAGCUUUCACUUCCAUACAUCACUACCGGGAAAACCAUAGCUUUACUAUACGGACCUUUGUUGGCAAGGUGAUGUCUUUACUUAGGUUGCGUUUAUGAUUUUCUGAAGUGCCAAUAUGGUGUGGCAGGCGGCGCAAUCCAAUCCUCCGUCUACUCAGAAGUAAGCCCCCGUGGGUUCAAUGGGGCUUACUCCUAGGUAACUAUCCUGUGUAGGACUGCAGCCUGUCUCCCAUCUCAUGCAAUGCUUGGAAUAAUCUUUUUGCUUACAUUCAGGUUGGCCGGAGGAGAAAUUGCCUCUGAGCAUGAGCAGAGAGAUAUUUCCUUACCAGAACCAACUUCCUAUGCCUGUUUUUGAUUAUUCCAUGCACCAGGAAUUCUGCGUACAUGAACCUUUGUAGGCAGGAGUCCAGAAUCCUGCAUAAUUCUUUGCCAUGGCUACUAAAGGCAGAAAUAAUUAUGCAAAGGACAAAGAAAGAAAAAAACACCACAAUGCAGUCACUGCAGAUUUUUCCGUUGUUGUCCUUCAUUUUUAAAACGUGGAAUACACAGAGGCCACAAUAGGCAGGUCUUUUGCACACAGAGAAUACGAAAGACUCUUGGGCUGGGUACACACCGUACAAUUAAAGCAGAAACUUCUCUCCCCCGGGAACUGUAGUUUAAAGGCGCUGGGAAUUGUAGUUCUAAUUUAGGGCACUGCCUGAAGCUGUUGCCUCACUUUGCCUAAUGGCAGAGCUGGCCGUAUUGCUGAGCAGUAAAGAGAGUUUACUUCUAUGUGUUUGAUAGAUGGUCAGACAUGCUGGAGGUUUUGCCAUCUGCGCCAGGUCAACCUGAGCUGCGAUUGCAGGGGGUUGGGCUAGAUGACCUUUGGGUCCCUUACAAUUAGGUAUCCCAAGAAGGUAUUGAAGAGGCACCAAAUGCCUAGUUCUUAGGGUCCGUGUAAGGCUAACAAGUCCUGCAUUAGGGGAAAUGGGCUGCCGUCCACCAUAAUGAAUUUAUUAGCCUUUUGCAUGGGACACUUCAUAAUUAUUAUUAUUAUUAUUAUUAUUAUUAUUUAUUUAUACCCCGCCCAUCUGGCUGGGUUUCCCCAGCCACUCUGGGCGGCAUCCAACAAAAUAUUAAAAUACAGUGGUCUGUUAAACAUUAAAAGCUUCCCUAAAGAGGGCUGCCUUCAGAUGUCUUCUAAAAGUCUGGUAGUUGUUUUUCUCUUUGACAUCUGGUGGGAGGGCGUUCCACAGGGCGGGUGCCACCACCGAGAAGGCCCUCUGCCUGGUUCCCUGUAACUUGGCUUCUCUUAAAGAGGGAACCGCCAGAAGGCCCUCGGUGCUGGACCUCAGUGUCCGGGCAGAACGAUGGGGGUGGAGACGCUCCUUCAGGUAUACUGGGCCGAGGCCGUUUAGGGCUUGAAAGGUCAGCACCAACACUUUGAAUUGUGCUCGGAAACAUACUGGGAGCCAAUGUAGGUCUUUCAGGACCGGUCUUACAGUAUAUGGUCUCGGUGACCGCUCCCAGUCACAAGUCUAGCUGCCGUAUUCUGGAUUAAUUGCAGUUUCUGAGUCACCUUCAAAGGUAGCCCCACGUAGAGCGCAUUGCAGUAGUCCAAGCAGGAGAUAACCAUAGCAUGCACCUCUCUGGCGAGACAGUCUGUGGGCGGGUAGGGUCUCAUCCUGCGUACCAGAUGGAGCUGGUAGACAGCUGCCCUGGACACAGAAUGGACCUGCGCCUCCAUGGACAGCUGUGAGUCCAAAAUGACUCCCAGGCUGCGCACCUGGUCCUUCAGGGGCACAGUUGCCCCAUUCAGGACCAGGGGGUCCCCCACACCUGCCUGUCUCCUGCCCCCUAAAAACAGUACUUCUGUCUUGUCAGGAUUCAACCUCAAUCUGUUAGCCGCCAUCCAUCCUCCAACCGCCUCCAGACUCUCACACAGGAUACGGAUACUUCUUCAGUUGGAGAAGUAUUUUCCACGCAUUGUGGGCUAAGCUAAGUGGCAGAAAAACUGCUUUCACACGCAAAGCGUCCCUUUUUCCAGAACCAGUGUUUCCAAGUUUGGGAAAAAAGGAUCAGUAAGUGUGUUAUGUGCCCGAGACCCUGGGGGGCAGCUGCCAGUCAUCGUAGAGUUGGAAGGGACCCCAAGGGUCAUCUAGUCCAACCCCCUGUAAAGCAGGAAUCUUUUGCCCAACAUGGGGCUCGAAUUUACCACCCUGAGAUUAAGCAUCUCAAGAUCUGAUGACUGAGCUAUCUCCAUUCAGCACAGACAGCGCUGAUGGACAAAUAGUCUGAACUGGGAUAAAACAGCGUAUUAUGAGACUGGGGUAUGUCUUUUGUGGGUUUUACCACUGCUUUGGAAUCUGAGGUCUGAACAAGGAAAUGAGCCUUUUCCUUAGGAGCCAUUUUUCUUAUCAAGAUGGCCCCACGGGGAACAAGAUACCAAGGUAAAGAGAUCAUGGAAGGAGCAAUUAUGGUGGGGAUUUUUAGGCCUAAAGGGCAAGAGAUAAGCAGUUCCUGUGAUCCAGAUUGCAAUUCCUGCUGCUGCUUUAUGCUUAAAAAACAAUUCUUGAAUUAAGAGAGAGAGUGUGAGGAGUCCCCACCUACAGUUUGGAAUCUGUGGGUGAGACAGCCUCACUGAGGACUAGAGCAGGGGUCAGCAAACGUUAUCAGCAGGGGGCCGGUCCACUGUCCCUCAGACCUUGUGAGGGGCCGUACCAUAUUGUCAUACCUCGGGUUACAGACGUUUCGGGUUGCGCACCGCGCUGAACCCCAAAAUACCGGACCAGGUUACUUCCAGGUUUCAGCGCAUGCGCAGAAGCGCUAAAUCACACUUUGCGCAUGCGCAGAAGUGCCAAAUCGCAACCCGGGCGUGCGCAGACACGGCACUGCAGGUUGCGAACGUGCUUCCCGCACGGAUCACGUUCGCAUCGUAAGCGUCCAGUGUAUUUUGAAAAAUAUAAAUAUCCUGCAAUCGGGUCCUGCAGCUGCCUCCGGACCUGGAGGAGGAACGCACUCUGCACGCGCUCAGGAGCGCAUCUCGGCGCCUCCCAGUCACCAGCAUUGUUGACUAGCAGCUGCCACUCCAUCGGCCCGACCCUGUGGAGCUCCCAGGUGGCUUGCCAAGCCCCGCGAUGCGCCCAUCACGAUGCCCAUGGCGCUGUUGGGAUGCGUCCGGGGAGACGGGGGCAUUUGGCCGGCCCCCAGCUGGCUCCAGCCACCGGCCGUUCAAGUCCUCAACUCUCCGGAGCAGGAGAAAACAAGCUUGUUCCCUCUCCAGUGCGACAGCCCUUGAGAUAUUUGAAGAUGGCUCUCUCAUAUAUCUCCUUUCACUCUCCUCUUUUGCCAUGCUAAACAUACCCGGCUCCUUCAACGGUUCCUCAUCAGGCUUGCUUUCCCGACCCUCAGUCAUCUCAGCCACUUUCUUCUGCACACCUUCCAGCUUGUCAACAUCCUUCUUAAAUUGUGGUACCCAGUAUCGCAGGUGUGUCCUCACCAAGGUAGAAUAGAGUGGUACUAUGACUUCACUUCCUUGACCUGGAACAGGGGUCAGCAAACUUUUUCAGCAGGGGGCCGGUCCACUGUCCCUCAGACCUUGUGAGGGGCCGGACUAUAUUUUUUUUUGAGGGGGAAACAAAUGAACGAAUUCCUAUGCCCCACAAAUAACCCAGAGAUGCAUUUUAAAUAAAAUUACACAUUCCACUCAUGUAAAAACAUGCUGAUUCCCGGACCAUCCGUGGGCCGGAUUUAGAAGGCGAUUAUAACAACAAUAAUAAUUUAUUAUUUAUACCCUGCCCAUCUGGCUGGGUUUCCCCUGCCGCUCUGGGUGGCUUCCAACAAAAUAUUAAAAUACAGUGGUCUGUUAAACAUUAAAAGCUUCCCUAAAGAGAGCUGCCUUCAGAUGUCUUCUAAAAGUCUGGUUGGGCCGGAUCUGGCCCCCGGGCCUUAGUUUGCCUACCCAUGACCUGGAAGCUAGAUUUCUGUUGAUGCAGCCUAGAAUAGCAUCGGCCUUUUUUGCCGCUGCAUCACACUGUGGGCUCAUGUUCCACUUGCGGCCCACCAAGACCCCUAGAUCCUAUUCACAUAUACUGUCGUCUCCUCCAUCUUCUUAGAUGCAGACUGCUAUAGCGACACAUCCCUGCAUCUCAGCCAAGAUGCUCUCAAAAGCUUUCGCUCUCCCGAAACUUCUGGUUGACGCGAUGAAAGAGAUCAUAGCGCAAGUCGUGACUCAGUGACGGCCCAUCUUCCCUGGCACCUUCAGGUACGGCUGGGGAAAACCCCCUGCCUGAACCCCCUGCCAGCUGCUGCCAGCCAGUGUAGACAAUAUUGAGGUCUCUGGGCCAAUGGUCUGACUCUGAUUUGUGCAGUUCUGAGGCUGAGGCCUGGCUCAAAUUAAGCACCAACGAUCGUUCUCACGUUAGAAGAGAGGCAACUAAAGCCGUGCGUCCCUCCAUUCACAAUUUCCAGCAAAUUUCACGUCGGGGCUAAUGCGAAACACAUUUUCCCUGGUCUGGUAUUAACAUUUUUUCCCAGGCAGCCCCUGUAAUUACGCGGUCAGACCAUAUAAAAGCUGCCUUUAUCCCUUGUACUUCCUGGGGAAGCUAAUUAAUGUUGCACAGCUUAAUAUUCUCUAGUCUUAUUAAGUUGCAACUUUGGGGUGGGGGCGCUCAGGCUGGGGGCGUUAUUUAGAAUUUUUUUAGAUGGGAUGGCAAAAAACGUAAAGAAUGCAGGAGUGGGGGGAGGGUUGGAGGAAAGCUGAUUUGGGUUCUUUGUUUCAACCCCAAAUGCUUCAGGGUGAAAUUAACUUUGUAGGAGUUUUGGGCUUCCUAGAUUGUUUGAAGAGAGUGAGAAGGACAUUGUCUUAAAUAAAGGUAAAGGUAAAGGGACCCCUGACCAUUAGGUCCAGUCACGGACGACUCUGGGGUUGCGGCGCUCAUCUCACUUUAUUGGCCGAGGGAGCCGGCAUACAGCUUCUGGGUCAUGUGGACAGCAGGACUAAGCCGCUUCUGGCGAACCAGAGCAGCGCACGGAAACGCCGUUUACCUUCCCGCCGGAGUGGUACCUAUUUAUCUACUUGCACUUUGAGGUGCUUUUGAACUGCUAGGUUGGCAGGAGCAGGGACCGAGCAACAGGAGCUCACCCCUUCGCGGGGAUUCGAACCACCGACCUUCUGAUCGGCAAUUCCUAGACUCUGUGGUUUAACCCACAGCGCCACCCGCGUCCCUAUUGUCUUAAAUACCCUUCUGCAGUUCAUGGGCAUUCCUGUGUUCCUAUAAACACCCCUGUUCUCACGCCAAAUAUUGUUUCCCCAACCCAACCCUACCCCCCCCAAAAAACCAUUAUAUAUCUUUGAAGGCUCUUCCCCAUCUAUCCUAUUCAUUUAAUUUGCAAUAGCCUCUACACAGCUUAAGAUUCAAGGGCCUGUUGAUAAACUGAACAGCCACAGUGGACAGAGAAAAGGUUUUUUUCUCUCUCUCUCAUAUUUGUGGGCAUCGAAGGAAGAAAAAUGUUGGAAGUUACAGGACAGGGAAAAGGAAGUCCUUCUUUACACAGCACGUAGUUAGACUGCGGAACUCCUUGCCACAAGAGGCGGUGAUGUCCGUCAACUUGUUGUUGUUUAGUCGUUUAGUCGUGUCCGACUCUUCGUGACCCCCUGGACCAGAGCACGCCAGGCACUCCUGUCUUCCACUGCCUCCCGCAGUUUGGUCAGACUCAUGUUGGUAGCUUCGAGAACACUGUCCAACCAUCUUGUCCUCUGUCGUCCCCUUUUCCUUGUGCCCUCCAUCUUUCCCAACGUCAGGGUCUUUUCCAGGGAUUCUUCUCUUCUCAUGGCCAAGGGAUGGUGGCCAAAGGAUUGGAGCCUCAGCUUCAGGAUCUGUCCUUCCAGUGAGCACUCAGGGCUGAUUUCCUUCAGAAUGGAUAGGUUUGAUCUUCUUGCAGUCCAUGGGACUCUCAAGAGUCUCCUCCAGCACCAUAAUUCAAAAGCAUCCAUUCUUCGGCAAUCAGCCUUCUUCAUGGUCCAGCUCUCACUUCCAUACAUCACUACUGGGAAAACCAGAGCUUUAACUAUACGGAUCUUUGUUGGCAAGGUGAUGUCUCUGCUUUUUAAGAUGCUGUCUAGGUUUGUCAUUGCUUUUCUCCCAAGGAGCAAGCGUCUUUUAAUUUCGUGGCGGCUGUCCACCAACCUAAAGGUAAAGGGACCCCUGACCACUAGGUCCAGCUGCAGGCGACUGUGGGGUUGUGGUGCUCAUCUCGCUUUACUGGCCGAGGGAGCCGGCGUACAGCUUCCGGGUCAUGUGGCCAGCAUGACUAAGCUGCUUCUGGUGAACCAGAGCAGUGCACGGAAACGCCGUUUACCUUCCCGCCGGAGUGGUACCUAUUUAUCUACUUGCACUUUGACGUGCUUUCGAACUGCUAGGUUGGCAGGAGCAGGGGAUUCGAACCGCCGACCUUCUGAUCAGCAAGUCCUAGGCGCCACCCGGGUCCAUCCACCAACCUAGCUGCCUUUAAAAGAAGAUUGUACAAAUACAUGGUGACUACAAAUUGACUAGUGCAAAUCUUCCUUGCUGCCCAUCUGAAUCCCUCCCACCUCUUUUCUCUCUUCCCCUUUCUCUGGGCAAGUCCACGCAGAGCUGACGGUGUGUUGCAGAAAUAUUUCUUCCCCCCCCUUUUUUUUCCUGCAUUCCAGGUGAGCGUUGUUGCUCCCACCCCAUCCCUCCAGGCAGCUGGGGGGCCAGGGCUUCCCUGCCAUUCAUCCAGCCUCUGAGAGUUCAUUCAUCUCCCAGACGCCCUACCUUACCCUGAGGGGAUAGCAAAGAGUGAUUUGAGCUCUCUGGAAAUCAGGAACCCAGGAGGGAGGAGUAGGAGAACAAGGGAGAAACCUCUGGGUUGAAAAUGCAACCCUUUGUUUACUUGUCGAGAUUCCGCUUUGCAACAACUGUCCCUUAAAUUGCCUUCCUUGCAGAGGUUUUGGGCUCUCAAAUCCCCUCAGCCAGAUGAAACAUCUGUGGCAGAUUGUGGCUCACUGGACACUACUGGACCAGAGGUUUUCAACCUUUUUGGGUCCUCAGCUCCCUUGACCAACUAGAGUGGUCCCUUGGUUCUCAAACUUAAUCCGUUCCGGAAGUCCGUUCCUAAACCAAAGCAUUCCAAAACCAAGGUGCGCUUUCCCGUAGAAAUAAUGCAAAAUGAAUUAAUUCGUUCCAGACUUCUAAAAACAACCUCAGAAACAGCAAUUUCACAUGGAUUUUACUCUCUAACAAGACCAUUGAUCCAUAAAAUGAAAGCAAUAAUCAAUGUACAGUCAUACCUCGGGUUGAAGUACCGUAUUUUUCGCUCUAUAACACGCACCUGACCAUAACACGCACGUAGUUUUUAGAGGAGGAAAACAAGAAAAAAAUAUUCUAAACGAAACAGUGGAUGUAUGUUUUUUGUGGUUCAUGCUGUGGCCACAGACAUGUGAUCUGACGGUGAGUUUGGGGUGACCCAGUGCAAAAAUCCUGAGGAUCCAUGUGGAUCCGUGCUUUGUAACCACGUUUUAAGUGGGGAGGGAAGGAAAAGCACUCAAGGGACAAGGAGCACGCGUGGGGUGUGUGGAGAAGGAUGCUGCUAAUAAUGUAGGAGAGGCUCCUCUCCGGCUUUGCUCCAUUAGAACAAGCAGGCUCUGCGUCUCUCCCUCCUCCCCGGCAAGGAAACCACGAUAGUAACCACUCUGAGACAAAUCAAGAAAAAUUGCGACCAACACUCUCCCCCAACAAGCGCAGUGAGGUCAACACACACACACACACACACAGAGAGAGAACUGGCCCUAAAGGCGCAGGGUGCUGGAAGUCCUAGGGGCGCUGGGGGAGUGAACGGGAAGCAAGAGAAGGAGAAGGAGCCCUCACACACACAGACACACAGAGUGUCAAUUCUAAAGUCGCAGGAGAGCGCAGGGGCGCUGGGAGAGUGAAGGGGAAGCAGGAGGCAUUAAGGGAAAAUGAUAUUUAGGUGGUACCUCACACCAGUGAAACUGGCUAAGAUCUAUAGGUUAAAGAACAAAAGAUGUUGGAAAUGUGGAGAAGUAGAUGGUGACUUCUACCAUAUGUGGUGGUUAUGCAGCAAAGUGAAAGGCUUUUGGGAAUCGAUUUAUAACGAGCUUAAAAAAAUUUUAAAUACACGUUUCCCAAAAAACCCGAAGCCUUUCUGCUAGGAAUGACAGGUAAAGAAAUUAAAAAAGAAGAUAAGGUACUAUUUUUAUAUGCCACAACAGCCGCAAGAAUCAUGUUAGCACAAAAUUGGAAAACGGACGCCAUACCUAAUAUAAGUGAUUGGCAGAUCAAAUUAACAAAUUAUGCCGAGCUCGCUAGAAUAACAGGAAGAAUAAGAGAUCAAGAUGAACAGAAAUUUCAUGACAAUUGGAUUAAAUAUUGGAUAUAUAUUGGGACCAAACUUUAAACGACACUGGCGGGAUUGGAAUAACUCUAACAGUAAAAGGUUAUUAUGUAAAAGAGAUAAAAUACGUGAAUAUAAAGUCUAUUUGAUACUUACCAAAGGAGUGGAAGGAAGUUCAAGGCUUGGCAGAGCCUAAAAUAAAUGUAUUUAUGAUUUAUGGAAUGAAUAUAUUAUGUGUGAUUUAAGUAUUGGACUUUGUAUAAGUUUAUAUGUAUAUAUGUAUAAUACCAAUAAAAAUUUAUCAGCAAAAAAAAGAAGAAGAAGAAGGGGAAGCAGGAGGAGGAGAACGAUAGCUCAAGCACACACACACACAGCCCCUACAGUGGCUAAUCCAAAAUCGGACAGCAAAAAACUGCAGGCAGGGACAGAGAGCAGGGGUUGUUUUAAAGCAGCCAAUUCCCGCUCUGCUUCUCUCCCUCCUCCCCGGCUCCGCUAGCUGACAGGAGCCGCUUACACCCGCUUUGCUGUUUCAAAGCGAGCCACGGACUGCUCACGACUGCAGCAGAUUCCCCCGCCAUCUGUAGGCAUUCGCUCCAUAACACGCACAGACAUCUCCCCUUACUUUCUAGGAGGAAAAAACUGCGUGUUAUGGAGCGAAAUUUACGGUAGCUUCAGGUUGAGCAUUUUCAGGUUGCGCUCCGCGGCAACCUGGAAGUAACGGAGCACGUCACUUCUGGGUUUUGCCGCUCGCGCAGACGCUCAAAAUGACGUCACGCGCAUCGCACAGAAGCGGCGACGCGCAGACGCGGGUUGUGUUCGCUUCAGGAUGCGAACGGGGCUCCAGAACAGAUCCUGUUCGCAUCCAGUGGUACCACUGUACUGUACUAUAAAACAAAUAAGACAGUAUUGCAGAUGAUAAAAAUUAAAAUAUAUUUUUUUUUCUUACCUGAACUGAUAACAGUCAUUGUUUGGAUGGGUGGGCUUUUAUCCAUUUCCACAGUCACCAAACCAAUCCAUCAGGAGCUGAACUGGGUUCCACACAGUCACAAAAAUAAACCGAGAAAGCAACAAAAACCCAAAAUAAAGAGCAAAAACAGAAGCGCCAAACUUAAUCCGUUCCAGAAGUCCGUUUGACUUCCGAAAUGUUCGAAAACCAAGGCGCGGCUUCUGAUUGGCGCAGGUGCCCCGGAAGCAGUAGCCGACAGCCGCAUUGGACGUUCGGCUUCCGAAAAACAUUCGAAAACCGGAACACUUACUUCCGGGUUUUUGGCGUUUUGGAACCAAGGCGUUUGACUACCAAGUUACCACUGUAUGUUCUUUCUGUACCACCCCUGGGGGGCUCUGGAGCCUAGUUAGAUCACCCCUUGCCUGCAGAGAUAGCAGCCUCUCGCCCUUUUUCGAACACGCUCCCUUGUGGUAUCCUCAGCCUCCUCCCUUCUCCCAUCUCCUUGGGAGUCCUUUGCCCCUGGUCUCUGAGCUGCCCCUCCUGUUCCAAAGAGGGGUGUCUCGUCACAUUGCCCCACAGGGGCCUGGGAAGAGGGUGCCCCCAUUCUUAGUGGCCCAACAGAGACUGGGAAAGGUGAAGGUGAGGCCAUAGCACCUUACCUUGGCAGGCAGCAGCGGCUGUGUGGCGGUAAGGCUCACCUUCAGCACCAGGCACUCAGCUCCCAGGCAGGCCUUGCACACAGCAAACACAAUAAUAAUAAUAAUAAUAAUAAUAAUAAUAAUAAUAAAUAAUAAUCUAUUAUUUGUACCCCUCCCAUCUGGCUGGGUCUCCCCAGCCAUUCUGGGCGGCUUCCAACAAAGAUUAAAAUACAUUAAAAUGUCACACAUUAAAAACUUCCCUGAGGCUGAGAUGACUGGCAGAAUCCGGGACCGAGGAGAAGAGUCGGUGGAAGAAGAUUGGAAAAAUUUUUAAGUAUAUCUUCAAAAAUAUUGUAAUAUUAAAGACUGUUAGAAAGAUGUUGGAAAAAGAAAAUUAGGUAGUUUUGGUAGAUAUGAUAUAAAGGAUUAAGCAAAAAUGAGUUGAUGAAAUUGAUGAAAGAGAGGAUGUUAAAUUAUAAUACUUUAAAUUAAACUACGUAAAUGAAAAUAAGGUUGGAAGGAUUUGCUGAAAAACGAUCUGAACUAGAAUACAAAAUUGGGAGGUGAGAGGAGGUCAAGGAAAUAAGUAAAGGAAAAAAGUUAUGUAAAGGUUUAAUCUGUUCUUGUUCUAUUUCAAUUGAAUGUAUUUUUAUACCUUUUUUUCUUUUUUUUCUCUCUCUCUGUUAUUGUUAUAUUCUUUUUUGUAUUUUGUAUUGUUCUUUUUUCUUUUUGUAACUUUAAACUUUGAAUAAAUAUUAUUAUUAAAAAAAACAAAAAAACUUCCCUGAACAGGGCUGCCUUCAGAUGUCUUCUAAAUGUCAGGUAGUUGUUUUUCUCUUUGACAUCUGAUGGUGUUCCACAGGGCGGGUGCCACCACCAAGAAGGCCCUGUGCCUGGUUCCCUGUAGCUUUGCUUCUCGCAGGGAGGGAACCGCCAGAAGGCCCUCGGAGCUUGACCUCAGUGUCUGGGCUGAACUAUGGGGGUGGAGACGCUCCUUCAGGUGUACUAGCACAGUGCCUGCCCGCCCAGCCUCUGGUCUGCCCAUUCCCAACAGCAACGGCUGGUGGACUGGCUGGCAGGGCUCCCUCACCUGUUUGCCUGCUUACUCUCAAGCCGCCUCAGCUCCAGGCAACCAGCUUCUUCUUUGGCAAUCCAUCGUAGCCGAGGAAGAUUGUCUUCCAUAAAGACGGUUUUAACAGUGAGUCCGUAAGUGACUACGGAGGCCAAUUCUGGAUCCACACGUCCUUCCACAAUGGGGACAUUGGUUUCCAGGCUGGAGUUGAUCACGGUGUGGAUUUGCCAGGUGUGCCUUCCUCUUAGCAUCUUUCUCCCUUGCGUCCUGAGUUCGAGUGUCUUCAAAGCCCACGACACCUUUGGUAAAGGCUGUUCUCCAACUGGAGCGCUCGCAGGCCAGUGUUUCCCAAUUGUUGGUUUUUAUACUACUGUAUAACGCAGGACGUGGGUGGCGCUGUGGGUUAAACCACAGAGCCUAGGACUUGCUGAUCAGAAGGUCGGCGGUUCGAAUCCCCGCGACGGGGUGAGCUCCUGUUGCUCGGUCCCUGUUCCUGACAACCUAGCAGUUCGAAAGCACAUCAAAGUGCAAGUAGAUAAAUAGGUACCACUCCGGCGGGAAGGUAAACGGCGUUUCCGUGCGCUGCUCUGGUUCCCCAGCCACUCUGGGCAGCUUCCAACAAAGAUUAAAAACACAAUAGACUUCCGGGGUGGCGCCAUUGGCAAUGGCGGACUCCCUCUGAUCUGGAGGGACUAGCUCCACGCGAAACGGGUCUUUUCCGCUACGGCGAAGCGGGGACCCUUUCAAAAAUCACAGGCGGAUGAAGCCUGUGACCAUGGGACCCCCCAACCCGCAAAAGAACCCACUAACGGGCUCUGGAGCGAAGAGGGGGAAGUGGCGCGGUGCUGAGAGUCAACUGCUUCUUCCGUGGAGCGAAGCCGCACAGCCGUUGCCGGAGAGCGCUGCCUUUUUCCUGGGACAAUUUGGCUUCUAAAAUAAUCACCCGUGAGUACUUAAACUCGGACAAUUGGACUUUAAAUAAGGACUUGUGAGCAGAAAGGAAAAUUGGACUUAAAAGUUUACCUCAAUUUGGCACUGAAACGGGAAGGUCUAAACAGGAAGUCAGCCUUCCGUUUCUUUGUAGAUAGAUUAAAGCAAAGACAUGGCAAACUAGAGCUCAGAAAAUCGCUUGUAAAAGAUUAACUUUCAUCAUUUAAAAUUGUUGAACCCCCCUUCGGAAGCAGGAGAAGAGGGGGGAUUUUUUCGGACUGUUUAAACCUGCAGAAGUGAGUGUAAAGUAAAGUAACUUUCCACCGUCCUGAUCCUGGAGCGGGGUGUCAGGACUGACGUUUUUUGAAGCUCAUUGACCAGAGACAAACGUUUUUGACAGAUAGCUAUAAGAAGAGAAACAUUGAUUCCAUUGUUCCCCUUCGCUUUUUAAAGGAACAAAUAUUGACAAAAUAUCUGAAAAAGGAAACUUUGUUGUUAGACUUGUCUUUAAAAGAAAGAACAAAUAGAAGUUUUCCCCCUAGAGGGAGACUGUGAAACUGUAACCAACUCCGGGGAGCGUGCAGCUGUUACAGAUUACAAUCGUGGGAAUAGACUUCUGACCUUGCAGGACAAUGUAUUCAGAAGCUCUGUUGUGUGCUUCCUGUAAAACAAAUGCCCUACUGGAACAGCUACAUGAGAAGACGGAUUUGAUGACUGAUUCGAUCAGAAAUUUUGAACAGGCAGUGGGAAAUUAUAUGGAGCCCACCCAGGAAUUAAAUCAGGAGUGUGCCCUGACAGAACAGAUGAGGGAAGAGGAUGUUGCUGAAUCUUGGGCGCCAGAGAUGGAGGGAGCUGUGGCCCAGCAGGAACAUGAGCUUUUGGAUUUGACAAAUGAACUUGGAAAAAGCCAGAUUUGGAAAGAUAAAGUUUGGUUUGGUUUGGAAAUGGGGGGCUGGAUAGACCCCCCUAUGCAGGGAUGUUUGGACUUUUCAAGUCUGGCAAUGGGCCGUGAGAUGUUUGGGGUUGUGGGGGCUCUUAAUUUUGGAGGGAUUUUGAAACAUGUUCUUAAAUACCACAUGAAGUUUAGUGUGGACUAUGGAAAAGGGGCUGAUUUGUCGAGAAGGGUCAAAAACAUUGUUAAGCUGGAGUUCCCACGAGUGAAAGGAGCAGGAGACAAAGGAAAAUACAGUUAUAAAUAUGAAGAAGAGCCGCGGAAGGGACAUGGAAGAGACUUAAGGGCCUUGGAUACAAGGUUACCAGGUUAAUGCGCUAGAUCGAUGGGAUAAUAAGGACUGACAAAACCCGGGACCAGGAGGAAGGGACGCUGGAUGAAGAUUGGAUUGUUUUUAUUUCUUUUUUUUUACUACCAGGAUUGUUUUAUAAAAUAGAUGAAUGUUAGAAAAAUGUUGGAACAAAAUUACUUGGCUUUAGUAAAAAUGUUUAAAGAAUUAUGUAAGAAUAUUAUGGUUAUGAGAAGUUGGCAAAAAUAAGAUUUAAGUUUUAAGGUUUUUUAUAGUAAGAUAAGAUUAAAAUAGAUUAAGGUAAUGUAAUGACAGAAUAUUAUGAAAUAUGGAAAGGCUUUGCUGCGACAAUUAAUAACUAGGAUACAAAAAAAGGGAGGAGGAGGAGGUCAAAGAAAGAAGGUAAUGACAGUUGAGGAUUUGAGAAUGGUGGAUUUGUUUUUGAAUGUUUGUGGUGUAUUUUUGUUUUUUUUGAAUUUGUAUUGUUUGAUGUGGUUUGUUUUUUCUUUGCUUUUUCUUUCUCUUUUUCUGCUUUGUUCUCUUUUGUAAUUCUAAAAAUUUUUUUCAAUAAAUAUCAUUUAAAAAAAAGAAAAGAAAAGAUUAAAAACACAAUAAAACACCAGUCGUUAAAAACUUCAUCAUUUUCCGAAAGGGAAAAAGUCCUGGUGGUUCCGAUCAAAUCCAUUUGUUGCGCUGUGUGAGAGGACAGUUGACUCCACGUGACUUCUAUUCACUUAAAUUGCAUUUGUUCCUCAAGCUUUCCUCCAAAGAGCUUAAGGCAAGCUCUCUUUUCUUCCUCAAACAACAACCCUGUGAGGCAGGUUUAGCUCUAUAACCACUGCACCACGCUGCCUUUCUGUUUGUCGGACUAGCACCUGGGAGAGACCAGGGUUGGCCCAGUCUCUUCCUUGCCCGCCUCUCAGGGUUGUUGUGAAGAAGACAUGAAGAAAGGGAGGCAAAUGCACAGCUUUGAGCUCCUUGGAGGAAAAAAUGUUGGGAUACAUAAAUGCAAUAAAUGAUAACACUUUGGGGGUGUCUUGUUAGCAACCCCCACUUUUUCCUUGGUCCUCAUUCAAAGUCAUAAGUAGGAAUAUCUGCAUUCUUCAGGGGUCAGCAAACUUUUUCAGCAGGGGGCCGGUCCACUGUCCCUCAGACCUUGUGGGGGGCCAGACUAUAUUUUGGGGGAGAAAAUGAACGAAUUCCUAUGCCCCACAAAUACCCCCAGAGAUGCAUUUUAAAUAAAAGGACACAUUCUACUCGUGUGAAAACACCAGGCAGGCCCCACAAAUAACCCAGAGAUGCAUUUUAAAUUAAAAAUUUCACAUUCUACUCAUGUAAAAACAUCCUGAUUUCUGGACCGUCCGUGGGCUGGAUUGAGAAGGUGAUUGGGCUGGAUCCGGCCCCCGGGCCUUAGUUUGCCCGCCUGUGGAGUUACCCUUUCCUUCACCUUUUUCAAUUUAGACUGGAGCCCCCUCGGGGCAGAGACUUGCCCCUUUCUGCUUAGGCGAAGCUGCAAAUUGUUGAAUAGACUGACGGAACCCAGGCAAAUGGAGACAAAGAGCAAUCUUAUCCCAGCCUCUUCUUUCUCCUCAGGGAGCAAUGGCCACCCCACAGCGUCUGAUUUCUUGCACCCAGAUUUAUAAGGGUGAGUCACCUGGAAACACUGCCGUCCUACGCAGAAGAGGAGGGUGCAGCCUCUUUGCAAACCAUUUUUGCGAGCUGCAAAAUGGGCGAGAUCCCCUCCGAGUUGUAAAGCCCCACCUCAUGUCGUUAAUAAAAAUGGAGUCUUAAAAUAAAAAUAAAAUUGUGACCGUCUCCCUAGUGUUUUGCAAGGAUGAAUGACUAAGCAGAGCAUCGCCGCUGCCUGAGAUUGCUUCGUAAAGUUGGGAGCCGGGAAAGUCGUACUUUGGAAAAGCUUUGAAGGUACUCAAUCCGAUUGUGGCUCCUCCCCCUUCUUUCCCCCCAAACCAGACUUUUUUUUAAAAAAGGAAAAUUAAUCAUUUUUUCGAUACAAACAACCGCAAAAGACACUACAACAAAAACCAUAGUAACAAUAAUAACACAAUUUGACGAUUCAGAUUUAUUUUUUAUUUUUAUUUUUUAAAUAUUUUAUUAAGGAUUUUCUUGUUUUACAGAAGUAAGUGUAAUGCCUCGUAUUUUCCCCCCAUGUAACAUUUUUACAAAUCCGUUUCAUUUGUCGAGGCAUUAGGGGGAGAAGGAAAAAAGGAAAAAAGAAAGGGGGGUGGAGAGAGGGAAGAUGGAUGGGGGGUGGGGUCGGGUGGCGGUGUUUCUAUUAUGUUUAAUGUAUGUAGAGUUUGGUGUCAGCGUUGCUUGUGUUGUUCACUUGUGUUCCUUUGGUGGUGAGAGAGGUUGGGGUGAUCUUUGUUUUCGUGUGUGAGUGAGGUGGGUGGGUGUUUUGGAUCAGGUUAGCCAUAUUGAUUUGUAUGCUGUUGGUGGAUUAUUGUCAUUGUCCUGUUGGGCUGUGUAUGUGAUAAAGGGGAGCCAUACCGGGGUGAAGGCGGCGUCUUCUGUUUGUCCCCGUGUCAGUUUCAGUUUAUUAGUUAAUUUUUCUAGUAAGGCGGUUUCCCAUACUAUUUGGUACCAUUGGUCCAUGCUUACUCCUGACAGGUCUCUCCAGUGUCUGGUUAUGGUGUUUCUGGCUGCUGAGAGCAGGUGGGUUAUGAGUUCUUUGUGGUGUAAAUGGGCAUUGUUGUCUUGGAAGAUGUUUAGUAGGGCCAAUUCUGGGGUGAUGUCUAUUACUUGCUUAGUUAUUUUACAUAUUUCUUGUAUGGCUGUUGUCCAGAAUAGUUGGAUUUUGGGACACUCCCACCACAUGUGGAGGUAUGUGCCUGUGGAGGUGCACCCUCUCUAGCAUUUUGGUGAGGUUCCUGGGUGUAUUAGCGCUAGUGACAAUUCAGAUUUAAAUGCACUGAUAUACCUAUGACUGCACCCUUUUAACAAUAUUUUCCCACCUCUCUCUCCUCCCCCUACUUCCCACCAAAAUAAUAAUAAUAAUAAUAAUAAUAAUAAUAAUAAUAAUAAUAAUUUAUUAUUUAUACCACCGACUCUGGGUGGCUUCCAACAAAAUACUAAAAUACAAUAACCUAUUAAACACUAUUCGCCUUAUCCACGGGGGGUGCCACCACCGAGAAGGCCCUCUGCCUGGUUCCCUGUAACUUGGCUUCUCGCAGCAAAACUUCCAAAAGAAGAGACAGUCACAGGUGGUUUUGAGAGCCUCUGAGAAGCAGUUGCAUCCAGCAAUGCAGUUGUCUUUGAGGAACAGCUGGAGGGGGGGGGAUCUCUCCUUCCCUCUCUCCUGCUGCUCGAUAUCGUAUAGGCGCUGCUUAAUUAAAUUAUUUGCUUUACUGAAGCCCAGUGUUAGGAACUGUGGUGGUGAUAAACCAGAAAAGUAAAGCUUUCGGUUGACAAUUUUAGUCUAAGAGCUCACGUGACAAUCUUGCAAUACUUGCGAUCAAGUGAAGAUGCCCGGGGGUCAGGAUUGCACCAGACAUUUCUGCAAUAUGAGGAUCCUUGGAUCUGCACUGUUUUCACACACUAAUACUACAGCCUGUAGAAUUCUAUCAGUUCUAUUUAAUCUGCACAAUCGGAAUGACUUUCCGGAACCAAAACGCUUUUUCUGUGCGGCCUGAGCAGGGAGCAAUGUUAUAGCUAAUUGUUGUCUCUUGUCUUCCCUUACCCCACCCCACUGCCCUGCUCACAGUUGUGAAGAAUAUUCUUACAUUAUGAACGGUCCGUGUCACCAUUAAGAAAAAAGGUCGGAACAGGUCAAUAUAUUUGCAGACUGUCCCUGGGUCAGGUGACUUUUCUUCUUAAGUUCUCAAAGUUCUUAACCUUGCUCAAGGUUGUCAUCUAAAAGGACGCGGGUGGCGCCAUGGUCUAAACCACUGGUCCUCUUGGGCUUGCUGAUAGGACGGUUGGCGGUUCGAAUCCCUGUGACGGGGUGAGCUCCCGUUGCUCUGUCCCAGCUCCUGCCAACCUAGCAGUUCGAAAGCACGCCAGUGCAAGUAGAUAAAUAGGUACCACUGUGGUGGGAAGGUAAACGGCGUUUCUGUGCACUCUGGUUUCCAUCGCAGUGUCCCAUUACGGCAGAAGCGGUUUAGUCCUGCUGGCCACAGGACCCAGAAAGCUGUCUGUGGACAAACGUCAGCUCCCUUGUCCUGAAAGCGAGAUGAGCGCCGCAACCCCAUAGUCGCCUUUGACUGGACUUAACCAUCCAGGGGUCCUUUACCUUUACCUUUUACCUGUCAUCUGAACUAGCCUGAUGUUUAACUGAAUCAAUCACAGUCACUCAUCCUUUGAAAAAGUAGGCUUUAGUCUUGCCCCAAAAUGACACCAUACAUUCUGUUUUGGCGACUGUGACCUUGGUUUAAAGGAGCUGUUUGUUGUUUAGUCGUGUCUGACUCUUCGUGACCCCCUGGACCAGAGCACGCCAGGCACUCCUGUCUUCCGCUGCCUCCCGCAGUUUGGUCAAACUCAUGCUGGUAGCUUUGAGAACACUGUCCCACCAUCUCGUCCUCUAUUGUCCUCUUCUCCUUGUGCCCUCCAUCUUUCCCAACAUCAGGGUCUUUUACAGGGAGUCUUCUCUUCUCAUGAGGUGGCCAAAGUCUUGGAGCCUCAGCUUCAGGAUCUGUCUGUACAGUCAGCACUCAGGGCUGAUUUCCUUCAGAAUGGAGAGGUUUGAUCUUCUUGCAGUCCAUGGGACUCUCAAGAGUCUCCUCCAGCACCAGAAUUCAAAAGCAUCCAUUCUUCGGCGAUCAGCCUUCUUUAUGGUCCAGCUCUCACUUCCAUACAUCACUACUGGGAAAACCAUAGCUUUUACUAUACGGACCUUUGUUGGCAAGAUGAUGUCUCUGCUUUUUAGGAUGCUGUCUAGGUUUGUCAUUGCUUUUCUCCCAAGAAGCAGGCGUCUUUUGAUUUCGUGACUAAUGUCACCAUCUGCACUGAUCAUGGAGCCCAAGAAAGUAAAAUCUCUCACUGCCUCGAUUUCUUCCCCUUCUAUUUGCCAGGAGGUGAUGGGCCCAGUGGCCAUGAUCUUCGUUUUUUUGAUGUUAAGCUUCAGACCAUAUUUUGCGCUCCCUUCUUUCACCCUCAUUAAAAGGUUCUUUAAUUCCUCCUCACUUUCUGCCAUCAAAGGAGCCGUUUGGCGCCUAGUUUAUACAGUGGUACCUUGGUUUACGAACUUAAUCCGUUCCAGAAGUCCGUUCUUAAACCAAAGCGUUCUUAAACCAAGGCGUGCUUUCCCAUAGCAGCGGGGGACUCAAUUUACAAAUGGAACACACUCGACACGUUCCGCUUCCAAGGCAGAGUUCACGAACCAAAACACCUACUUCGGCUUUGCAGCGUUCUUAAUCCAAGUUGUUCAUAAACUAAGCCACUCUUAAACUAAGGUACCACUGUAUAUCUGUGUGAUAUACAAUGAUCCUAUGAAGUGAGUUUCUCACUUCAUAGGAUCAUUGUAGGGAUUAACAUGAACCAUUCACCUCUUGGAGGAAAAGAUGGGAGAUUAAUGCAAUUAACCGGCGAAUUUCUAACCCUGAUUGCAAUGCGGUGUGCUUGGCAUUUACAAAGACCUGGACUACAGCGUGCAGGGUGGUCUUAACGCUUAUAUCUCUUUAAGGCUCCCCAGCCAGUUGCUUUAUCCCGGGUUAGCUCAAGGUCACCGUCUUGUGCUUCCUCAAACUUUACCAGCCUGCCAAAAGGAAAAAAGAAAGAACCGGUAGCCAGCAAACCAAAGGUUAACCGUCAAAGUCUGAACACCUGCUUGCAGAGAGGUGGGAAUUGCAGAGACCUGUCUGGGGCUAAUCUGCAAACUCCUCCGAAACAUGCAAGCUGUUAGGAGAGGGAGUAGACCCCCCAAACCACCUCACAAUCACACACACAAAACAUGCUGGAGAACAGGAUUCUCGUCCCCUGCCUCCUUGCAAUUUUCUGCUCUGCCUUUAAGAGAGGGCCUUGCAAUAAUUAAGUAUCUCCAGAUGCAAGGCUAGCCAAUUAAUUUUCUUUGUUCUUGGCUCGGGGGCACAGGGGAGGAGAUAUUCCAGGAGAGCCUCUUGCUGUUUGAGAGAGAGGAGACUGGGGGGGGGUCUCUCCACCCACCCACUCCUCCCCCCAACUCUGCGUUGUGCAAAAAAAGUAUGGAUCCGAUGAUUCCGUGUAACAUGAUUCGUCUAACUCCGAAAACAGAGGGGAGUGACAGGGCAGGUUUAGGCUUAAUUGGAACAGGGUUAUAUUUUAUUUUUUGGGAUUCCAAAGCAGGCGGGGAGUGUCAGGAUGGGGGCAGGAUGCUUCCCCGGAGCAAAGAACACGGGCGUUUUUGUUCCACUCUCUCUCUCUCUUUGGGAUGGAAAAAAGUUUGGCGUCUGCCAGCUGUGAGCCUUCGCAUUUGCAACCGCCCAGUUCUGGUCUGAGAGAGGUGUGUCGGUGUGUAACAUGCCUGCAUUCCAAAGUUUAUUAAUAGAGACCCUCCGGGGGGGGGGGGAGGCUAGGAAGAAGAAUUGCCCCACAGUCUCCAAAGUUCAGGGGUUGGAGCCUGGCUCUCCCAGCAGGCCAAAGGGUACGCGGCGAGAUCGGUUAAUCCUCCCAGCAGAUCGAGGAAUCAGCAAAUUCCUGGAUCCCAGGAAACCAAGGUCUUGCUAAAAAAAAAAGUUGGGUUUGGAGGUUAUUUUCCUGCAACUUUUUUUGCACACCGGAUAGUUAAACUGUGUUAUCUGCAAGAGGUGUGCAGUGGGACCUCGGGUUAAGAACUUAAUUCGUUCCGGAGGUCCGUUCUUAACCUGAAACUGUUCUUAACCUGAAGCACUACUUUAGCUAAUGGGGCCUCCUGCUGCUGCCGUGCAAUUUCUGUUCUCUUUUUUUAUAUAUAUAUAUAAUUUUUUUAUUGAUUUUAACAUAUAAAUUAUAAAAUGUACCACAAAACUUAUCACUUAUACAAUCUUUUUAGACUUCCAUCAGCACCUCUGAUGAUCCAACGUUUUAACCACUUCUUAUGCAUUUCUUAACUUUGUAUUGCCUUUAAAUCUCUUAACAAAUCAUCCUUCCCCUUUUCCAUUUUUGCAAUAAUUCCAAUAAAACUCCUCACAAAACUUCUUGCAAACCUACAAACGUUGUCUGAUCUUCACAGAUACUUUUCAAAUAGUCCGUAUAUUUACUCCAGUCUUCCGUGAAUUUCUGGUCCCGCCAGUUCCGAAUCCUUCCUGUUAGUUUAUCUAGUUCUGCAUAGUCCACGUGUAAUUUCUGUUCUCAUCCUGAAGCAAAGUUCUUAACCCGAGGUACUAUUUCUGGGUUAGCGGAGUCUGUAACCUGAAGCGUCUGCAACCCGAGGUACCGCUGUACUGUGGUCACCAACUGGAAAGGUUUUUUAAAAAAGGGCCAUAGAAACACAUGGAGAAUAAUAAACUAGAUGACCAUGAGACUCUUAAUCUCAAAAUUGUGGGUUCAAGCCUCAAACUGGGCAAAGAGAUUUCUGGGUUGCAGUGGGUUUGACCGAUGUGAUCGCUUCUAGUUCUACGAUUCUACCAUUUAGGAGGUAACACAAUAGGGACGCGGGUGGCACUGUGGGUUAAACCACGGAGCCUAGGACUUGCCGAUCAGAAAGUCGGUGGUUCGAAUCCCCGCGACGGGGUGAGGGAAGGGAGUAUUGAAAGGAAACAGCUGAUCGGUGGGAUGGGAAGAGAGAUAAGGGAUGCUAGUGGAGGCUGCCUGGGAGGGGGGAGGUAAAAGCCCAUGGAUCCUCAGGAUUUUUACAUUGGGUCACCCCAAAUUCACCAUCAGAUCACAUAGCAUGUCCGUGGCUACAGCCUGCACCAAAAAGAUCACGCAUCCACUGUUUCAUGGGGCCACAAUGGCGCAAAAAUGUGGUUACAAAGCACGGAUCCACAUGGAUCCUCAGGAUUUUUGCAUCGGGUCACCCCAAAUUCACCAGCAGAUCACAUGUCUGUGGCCACAGCAUGAACCACAAAAAUCAUACAUCCAUUGUUUCGUUCAGAAUAUUUUUUUUCUUGUUUUCCUCCUCUAAAAACUAGGUGCGUCUUAUGGAGCGAAAAAUACGGUAUUUCCGGUGGAAAAUCGCAGUGCAAAAUUGCGGCGCCCAAAAAUGGCCACCGUUCUCUCGUGAGAAAAAAACGGGGCGUCCCAGUUUUCCUGGGAUGAUUGCGGGGGCUAUGGCUUUGUGCCAUGGAGAUACUGGCCGCAGGCGUGGGACUCUAUCCCGUUCCGUUGGCCCGACUCAUCACGUCCGCGCAUCUCGCUUUCUACCCUCUCCAGGUUUGGGCCCGUCAGCGCUGCGAAAACGGGCGCUUCAUCUCCGCCGGAGAUUGCUGCGACCUUUGCCCCCCAGGUUUUGGGGUGGCUUCUCCUUGCGGGAGUGCCAACAACAAGUGUGAGCCAUGUCAAGAAAGUAAGUGGCAGAGGAAUUAUUAUUAUUAUUAUUAUUUAUUAUUUAUACCCCGCCCAUCUGGCUGGGUUUCCCCAGCCGCUCUGGGCGGCUUCCAGCAAAAUAUUAAAAUAUUCACCAAAUAUUAAAAGCUUCCCUAAACAGGGCUGCCUUCAGAUGUCUUCUAAAAGUCAGAGAGUUGUUUAUUUCCUUGACAUCUGAUGGGAGGGUGCCACCACCAAGAAGGCCCUGUGCUUGGUUCCCUGUAACCUCACUUCUCGCAAGGAGGAAAUCGCCAGAAGACCCUCGGAGCUGGACCUCAGUGUCUGAGAGAGCAAAGCCUUCUGCUAUGAGCCAACUAGAUAAAUUACGUAGGCAAAUCAAUAUGGGGAAAGCAAAAUGUCCCUUAGAGAAGGACCUGACUUAUUUCACUUGAAGCUUGAUUCUGUUUUAUCUGAUGUUUUAAUGUGUUGUAAACAGGGUGGAUUUGAUUUAAAUCAAAUUGAUUUAAAGCACAAUUUAAAUCACUAGACAGUAAGACUCGAUUUAAAUCAUUUUUAUUUUUUUGCAGAAAGACUCUUUCUUGCUGGUAUAAUCUUAAUAUUUUACAAGCAGAGAUUACAAACUCUUAAAGAUAUGUAUAACACAAUAAUUUGUUACAAAGAUUUUCUCUUUUUCACUCAACAAUAGUGUUGAUCCUUAUAACUUAUCAGCUUGCAAAUGGAGACUCAGUUUCAAUCCUAGAGCAGGAGUCAAUUAUGGAUUAGAAGCCAGGUUUGUAAUCUCUGUUAGGAUCUGUAAUCUUUAUUUGAGUUUGUAAUCUUUGUCAGAAUACAUACUUUUGAAUGGGUUAGUUUUUGUUACGAUUGACUAUUGAUUUGUGAAUAGGGACCACUCCCACUACUGAAACUUACAUUGGCCUGAUUACUUGGUGUGCUUUCUUCUUGGUACAUUUACCAUAUUUUUCGCUCUUAAGACGCACCAAGUUUUUGGAGGAGGAAAACAAGAAAAAAAAUAUUCUGAAUCUCAGAAGCCAGAACAGCAAGAGGGAUCGCUGUGCAGUGAAAGCAGCAAUCCCUCUUGCUGUUCUGGCUUCUGGGAUAGCUGCGCAGCCUGCAUUCGCUCCAUAAGAGCCAGUGUGGUAUAGUGGUUAAGAGUGGUAGACUCGUAAUCUGGUGAACCGGGUUCGCUUCCCCGCUCCUCCACAUGCAGCUGCUGGGUGACCUUGGGCCAGUCACACUUCUUUGAAGUAUCUCAGCCCCACUCACCUCACAGAGUGUUUGUUGUGGGGGAGGAAGGGAAAGGAGAUUGUUAGCCGCUUUGAGACUCCUUAAAGGGAGUGAAAGGCGGAAUAUCAAAUCCAAACUCUUCUUUUUCUUCUUCAUAAGACGCACACGCAUUUCCCCUUACUUUUUAGGAGGGAAAAAGUGAGUCUUAUAGAGCAAAAAAUAUGGUAAUAACAAGAACUCCUACUUAUUUAACGUUAGCCUUCCUCUCUCCGCCACAGGUGUGACGUUCUCCUCCGUCGCCAGCGCCACGGAGCCUUGCCAGCCUUGCUCGGUGUGUCCGAGCCAAGCGCUCUUGCUGGAUGCCUGCACCCCUGCCCACGACACGGUCUGCACCGCCAACUGCCCCCGGGGGCAUUACCUCCCUGCUGGAAACGGGACCCAGGGCAUCGGGCAGUGCCUCCCUUGUCAAGUUUGCCCCGAAGGCUACGGAGCCACAAAGCCCUGCGGCCCCAGAAGCGAUGCCAUGUGCCAGAGGUGCCCGGAUGGCUAUUACUCAGAGUCGAAGAGCUCGCUGGAAGCCUGCCAGCCCUGCCGGCAAGCGUGUGGCAAAAACGAGGUCAUGAUCCAAGCCUGCACCCCUCUCUCCGACACACUGUGCAUGGGUAGGUACAUAGGCGAGAUGGGAGAAAGGUCAAGCUGGUUUUAUUUUAUUUAGGUGCCUCUCUGCCCUCCGGGACGCGGGUGGCGCUGUGGUCUAAACCACAGAGCCUAGAGCUUGCCGAUCAGAAGGUCAGCAUUUCGAAUCCCCACGACGGGAUAAGCUUCUGUUGCUCGGUCCCUGCUCCUGCCAACCUAGCAGUUCGAAAGGACACCAGUGCGAGUAGAUAAAUAGGUACCACUCCGGCAGGAAGGUAAACGGCGUUUCCAUGCGCUGCUCUGGUUCGCCAGAAGCGGCUUAGUUAUGCUGGCCACAUGACCCGGAAGCUGUACACCGGCUCCUUCGGCCAGUAAAGCAAGAUGAGCGCUUGCAGCCCCAGAGUUGGCCACGACUGGACCUAAUGCUCAGGGGUCCCUUUACCUCUACCUUUACCUUCAUUAGAAGAGGGAUGCGGGUGGCGCUGUGGGUUAAACCACAGAGCCUAGGGCUUGCCGAUCAGAAGGUCGGUGGUUCGAAUCCCUGUGACGGGGUGAGCUGCCGUUGCUCGGUCCCUGCUCCUGCCCACCUAGCAGUUCGAAAGCACGUCAAACUGCAAGUAGAUAAACAGGUACCGCUCUGGCGGGAAGGUAAACGGCAUUUCCGUGCGCUGCUCUGGUUCGCCAGAAGCGGCUUAGUCAUGCUGACCAUAUGACCCGGAAGCUGUACGCCGGCUCCCUCGGCCAAUAAAGCGAGAUGAGCACCACAACACCAGAGUCGGCCACGACUGGACCUAACGGUCAGGGGUCCCUUUACCUUUACCCAGCCCUCCAGAUUUUGCCGAAAAGAUUUCCGCACACACCGGUGCUCUAGGUUUGGCACAAGUGAGCUGGAUGAAGGCGCACUUUCACCACUGCAGAACCAUGAAAGGACCAGGAUAGAAUUUGUUUUAUUCAUUCAUUCGUUCCAAAAAAUUUUUAUUUUUCCUUAAUAGUUCUUAUUUGAUUUUACAAAUUCAUUCACACUCAUAAUCACAAAUAAUAAAAAUUACAUAAGAUUAUUCCGAAUCUCAAGACUUCCCUCUGUGGGUUCUUUAGGUAACUUUUUUAAACUGCAUGUUAUAAGUCCAUCUAAUUUACAAUCCUCCAUUGUCUCCAAAAUCUAUGUAUCAUUGCAGGAGUUUUUUAAAACCUGCCAGAGUUCAAGUGUUUACAGUGGUCUUUCAAAUGUGAUAUAAAUUUGUCCCAUUCUUUGUUGAAGUUUUGAUCCGCCUGGUUUCUGAGUUUCCCAGUUAAUCUAGCCAUCUCUGUUUAGUGCAAUAAUUUCAUAAUUAUUGGACUCGUUCGUUUAAAAAUUCUGUUAUGGUCCAACCUACGGCAGCUCGCCCCAGCGAUAAAAACUAGUUUUCUUUUGCAGUGGGAUUAUUAUUAUUAUUCAUUUCAUUUCUAUACCGAUUUAUCUUUUAAAGGAAAAACCUCAAAGCCGUUUGCAAUGCAUGAAAAUGUCGUGAAAAUGUCCAGAGCAAAACAAAUUCACGCUUCAAGAGAACUAUUUCAGAUCCUUCUCUAAGUGACAAUUUGCUUUCCCCAUAUUUAUAUGCAUGCUUAAUUCAUAGAUCUGCCUCAUAGCAGAAGGACACUCAGAGGGAAGUGUGGUGUAGUGGUUAGAGGGAGAUCAGGGUUCGAAUCCCCACUCAGUCCUGAAGCUCACUGGGUGGACUUGGAGUCAGUGGCUGCCUCUUAACCCGCCUCACAGGGUCGUUGUACGGAUUCGAUGAGGUGGGGGGUGAACCAUGGACUCCUUGGAUAAAAAGGUGGGAAGAUAAACGCAAUAAAUUAGCUCUUCUGCUGACUUGCUUAAGAAUAUCACAAAAAAAAUCGAGUGAAGGAACGUGGUUUUGAGAAAUGUGCAAAAAUCCAUUCAGCAUUGAUGCUUCUCUGUUACUUAGUUAGAUCAGACAGCGUAUCUGUGAGUACCUCUGCCAAUGACCCACUCAACACAGCCUACAGCAUUUUGCCAAUUGAAUUGAAAGAACAAAACUUGUGCUAGUUAUGUUAAAAACCUUUGCAAAACACAGAUGUGCUGUCUGAUCCGUUCUAGUCCACGGUAACUGUCAAGGUCUUUAUUAAAAUUGUCAACUGAUUGUUGAGUUUACUGUGUAAAUCCUUGAAGAAGAUACCCCAUACCUUCUUAUUGUAGUUGUAGCAUAUGGAUUGUAAUGUGUGAAGUUUAUAUAGUUUAUAUAAUUGUUAUUCACCUACUACUUCAGCACCAUGAACGCCUAAAAAAAGUUUUACCGCUCAGCCCACGGGAUAGCAUCUAUUACUUUGUUACAACCAUAGACUUAUUAUACUUCUGCAGACUUUCAAAGAUUGACAGGCGUGUGUUCAUUUAUUUCAAAUAGAUUAUGAGGCGCUUUGGUCAGCAGUUCGAAUCCCCGCGACGGGGUGAGCUCCCGUUGCUCGGUCCCUGCUCCUGCCAACCUAGCAGUUCGAAAGCACGUCAAAGUGCAAGUAGAUAAAUAGGUACCGCUCCGGCGGGAAGGUAAACGGCGUUUCCGUGCGCUGCUCUGGUUCGCCAGAAGCGGCUUAGUCAUGCUGGCCACAUGACCCGGAAGCUGUACGCUGGCUCCCUCGGCCGAUAAAGCGAGAUGAGUGCCACAACCCCAGAGUCAGCCACGACUGGACCUAAUGGUCAGGGGUCCUUUUAACUAACAGAGAGGCAUCAGUGCUGAAUGGACCUGCUUAAGAAAGCUGGAGGGACCAGCCAGGUGCAUGGAGAUGUCAGUCUCCCAGAUCUGGCACCCAGAGAUCUCCACGUGGGUCGCAAUUGGACCCUCGCCAGCCGCAAAAUGCACCUGGUUCCUGGGGGAUUUCUACCACUGCUCACCCCUAUCCCAUGUUUUGCACAGUGGCUGUGCAAAAGCCUCUUUUUUGGAAGCACGAAAACUGGGGAGCAAGCCAGCUUCUCUCACACACAAAAACUUAGAAUGGCGUCUGCACAUUUUGCCUCACAUCUCAGGUCCUACAGGUGCUUAUAACAUUUAAGAAACAAAAGCUGAGGAUCUGGGUAUUACUGUUAGUCCAGCUAGUAGAACAAUCUCCACACACACGCACACACCCCGCUGCCCCCGAAUGCACAUACCGUAUUUUUCGCACCAUAGGGCGCACCUAGUUUUUAGAUGGGGAAAUCAAUAAAAAAAACUUCCCCCCCCCAGCCCCAAAGAGCAGCGUACAGGCUGCCUACAACCUCUCGCUGCCGGAGGGGUUGUGCGCGGCUAUGGCACAAGCCAAGGCAGCGGGCGGGAUGGAUUGCGCUGGCUGUUUUGGCUUCCUCUUUAGCCCCACGCAAUCCCUCCCUGCCGGGAGAGGCUGCGUGGAGCUAAAGAAGCCAUAGCCCUGUUCAGCCUCUCCCUGCCAGAGGGGUUGCGCGUGGCUAUGGCACAAGCCUGCAUUCGCUCCAUAGGACGCACACACAUUUCCCCUCAAUUUUUGGAGGGGAAAAACUGCGUCCAAUGGAGCGAAAAAUACGGUACAUUAAAGAUUAUUUUAUAGAGAAGAUUGCACUUUUAUAAGCCAAACGUGCACCCCAAAAAUGAGGUUCUUAUUCUGAGUAUUGCCAUUUCUGUAUACCUGUUUAUUAAAUGUCUUUCCUACUUCCUCUCCAAAGGAGCCUAGGGCUGCAGACAGCAAAACCAUACAGGUUUGGGGUUUUUUUUUAAAAGGCAAACUGAAACUUUGAAAACAUUGUAAAAUGUUCGGAAUGCCUGAAUAUUUUUUUAAAUGAUCCUGUACACUCGGUUAAUGAUGUCGAAGGUUUGCCAAGAACAUUAUCAUUCAGCCGGAACAAGAACACAAAAAGUGCCUCCUCCUUCUUUAUAUAUAAAUUUAUUUAAUUUUCAAAUUUACAAUCACCAAGCAACCCAAAACAAAAAGAAGAAUUCCGUGAUUUCCCAUGGACUUCCCUCUUCCCCUCGUGGAUCAGGCUGGUGGUCCAACCUGUUCUCACAGGGGCCAAGCAGGAUUCUGAAAAGCAGGAUUCGAAUACAGGACCCCUUUCCCGUUCUGUGGUUUCCAGCAACUCUCACCCAGAAGCAUUGCUGCUUCCAACUGUGGAGGCAGAAAAUUGCCAUCCUGGCCAGUAGCUUUUGAUAGCCCUCUCUUCCACGAAUUUCUUAUUUAAAUCCUUGUUUGGGGCUACAACUGCUAUCAACCGGCCAUUGUCCCAAACACUUGGAGGGCGCUGACUUGGGGAAAGCUCCCCAUGGAAGACUUGUACUGUUUUGGGGGGACAGGGGGCAGAUGGGUGUGGGGGACUGAAUGGGGUAACUGUGCCCCUGAAGGACCAGGUGCGCAGCCUGGGAGUCAUUCUGGACUCACAGCUGUCCAUGGAGGCACAGGUCAAUUCUGUGUCCAGAGCAGCUGUUUACCAGCUCCACCUGGUAUGCAGGAUGAGACCCUACCUGCCUGCGCACUGUCUUGCCAGAGUGGUGCAUGCUCUGGUUAUCUCCCGCUUGGACUACUGCAAUGCGCUCUAUAUGGGGCUACCUUUGAAGGUGACCUGGAAACUGCAACUAAUCCAGAAUGUGGCAGCUAGACUGGUGACUGGGAGUGGCUGCCGGGACCACAUAAGACCAGUCUUGAAAGACCUACACUGGCUCCCAGUACGUUUCUGAGCACAAUUCAAAGUGUUGGUGCUAUUCUUCAAAGCCCUAAACGGCAUUGGUUCUGUAUCCCUGAAGGAGCGUCUCCACCCCCAUCGUUCUGCCUGGACACUGAGGUCCAGCUCCGAGGGCCUUCUGGCUGUUCCCUCCGUGCGAGAAGCGAGUUUACAGGGAACCAGGCAGAGGGCCUUCUCGGUGGUGGUGCCCGCCCUGUGGAACGCCUUCCUGUCAGAUGUCAAGGAAAUACAGUGGUACCUCGGGUUAAGUACCGUAUUUUUUGCUCUAUAAGACUCACUUUUUCCCUCCUAAAAAGUAAGGGGAAAUGUGUUUGCGUCUUAUGGAGCGAAUGCAGGCUGCGCAGCUAUCACAGAAGCCGGAACAGCAAGAGGGAUUGCUGCUUUCACUGCGCAGCGAUCCCUCUUGCUGUUCUGGCUUCUGAGAUUCAGAACAUUUUUUUUCUUGUUUUCCUCCUCCAAAAUCUAGGUGCGUCUUGUGGUCUGGUGCAUCUUAUAGAGCUAAAAAUACGGUUCUUAAUUCGUUCCGGAGGUCUGUUCUUAACCUGAAACUGUUCUUAACCUGACGCACCAUUUUAGCUAACGGGGGCUCCUGCUGCUGCCGUGCUGCCAGAGCACGAUUUCUGUUCUCAUCCGGAAGCAAAGUUCUUAACCCGAGGUUAGCGGAGUCUGUAAACUGAAGCGUCUGUAACCCGAGGUACCACUGUAAACAACUGUCUGACUUUUAGAAGACAUCUGAAGGCAGCCUUCUUUAGGGAAGUUUUUAAUGUUUGAUGUUUUAUCGUGUUUUUAAUAUUGUGUUGGGAGCUGCCCAGAGUGUCUGGGGAAAACCCAACCAGAUGUGUGGUGUAGAAAUAAUCGGUGAUGGUGAUGGUGAUGGUGACUUUGCUGAUUUGGGCAUCCAUCUUGCUGCUACUGUAGGAAAACUUUCCCCUGAGGGAGGAGCGCUUGUGUCCGCCGCCGCCGUGAACUUCGCUGCUCUCGCUCUCCCGCAAGGCCUUUCAAGCUUUGUUUCGGAGCUACAGUUGCGGUUUUUUGUCUGCGAGAACAGAGUCUCCCUGGGCUGCGGCUAAUCCACCUUUUGUCCUCUGCUCCUGCCCCUAAUCCUACCCUGGCUGUCUCUCUCACACAUCUUCCUUGCUCAAUUCACCCUCCCUGAGCACCCUGCUGUCCUGAGAAGGCUGCGAUCCCUCGCAGUGUGUGGAUGGGAGAGUUUUGGUGGGGUGGGGGCCUCCGUGGCGAGACCGUAGAGGUUUCCACGGCCGACCUCCCCUCCCUCUGCGUGUUCGUUCAAGCUUUUGCUCCUUAAUGUUCGCCGCCUUUUGGAACGGCGUCUCUCGCUCCUAGCCGUGGGGCUGGGGGCGGUUUUGUGUGUGGUUUGGUGGCGAGGAGGGGGGGAGAAACGGGGCUGUGAACGAGUCCCGGAAUGAGACAGGACCCUUGUGGGAUUUGCGGGGAGGACAGAAAAGAACAGCAGGGGGAACGAGUCUCCUAUCGACAAUAUUGUAGGAAUUAUCCCUGUCGUUCCCCCGCCCUGAAAUAUAUUCAGUUUUCCAACAGCAUGUAUACCCAUCUCUGCAAACCCCCUCCCCUGAUUUUCUGUCCUCUCCAACUCAGCCCUGGUUUUCUCACUCCCCUAAACUUGAAAUUUAUUAACGGUAUUGAAAGAGGCUUUGCAACUAAGCUGGAAUCCAGGGUUUCGGGGACACGACCCAAAUUCCCUGACAGAGCAGCUGCUUUGAAUGUAGAAGGCCCCAGGCUAAGCCCCGGGUGUCUCCCUGUUGUUGUUGUUUAGUUGUUUAGUCGUGUCCGACUCUUUGUGGCCCCCUGGACCAGAGCACGCCCGGCCCUCCUGUCUUCCACGGCCUCCUGCAGUUUGGUCAAACUCAUGCUGGUAUCUUCGAGAACACUGUCCAACCAUCUCAUCCUCUGUCAUCUCCUUCUCCUUGUGCCCUCCAUCUUUCCCAACAUCAGGGUCUUUUCCAGGGAGUCUUCUCUUCUCAUGAGGUGGCCAAAGUCUUGGAGCCUCAGCUUCACGAUCUGUCCUUCCAGUGAGCACUCAGGGCUGAUUUCCUUCAGAAUGGAGAGGUUUGAUCUUCUUGCAGUCCAUGGGACUCUCCAGAGUCUCCUCCAGCACCAUCAUUCAAAAGCAUCCAUUCUUCGGCGAUCAGCCUUCUUGAUGGUCCAGCUCUCACUUCCAUACAUCACUACUGGGAAAACCAUAGCUUGAACUAUACGGACCUUUGUUGGCAAGGUGAUGUCUCUGCUUUUUAAGAUGCUGUCUAGGGUGUCUCCCUAACAGCUGGGAAAGCCUCGCGGUCUGAAAGCCUGGGCCUUUGGCGCUGGUGCCGGUCACUGCAAUACUGGGUUGGAUAGACUAAGGGUUUGAGUUACUUUUAAGCUGUCUUCCUGGGGGCUACUGUGAGGAUAUUUUUUGAGUUAGAUCCUUUAUUAGGCAUAGCAAACCACACAUUAUCAAACAGACACCAUAUACAAAUUGUGCAAAAUACGAACUCAACAUAACAAGGUUUGUCCCAGUCAGAUCUUCGACUCCAGAGGAAAUCAAUUUGCAUAAAUAAUACAUUACAGCACUACCGAAUCCCCGAUCAAUUAAGAACCACUAAUUCUCUUUAUAAUGGCUCAGUCUUUCUACAUGGACAGCACUCAAAAAUCCAGCCACUAUUAAAGUAAUUUGAUCAUUCUUGUCCGAAAACAGUUCCUGAACCACUGGUAGCAUAGAAAUCUGCCUAUUAAGUUGUAAGGCCUCUAAUAAUUUUCUCCUGGCAUAAAUGCCAAAAUCACAAGAAAAGAAAAUAUGCACCAAAGUGUCAGGUUCCUGUUUACUACAUUUGCAGAGACGCUUUGAUUCUGGGGGAGCUAAAUAUCUUCCUCUCGCUGUGAGGAUAUACGAACCAGGGAUGGGCUCUGAUACCAGUUGCUUAGUGGAAGGGCAGCUGCCUUGCAUGUAGAAUGUCCCGGGUUCAAAACUUUGCAUCUCUUAGGUAGAAGAAUGUCAGCUGGCAGCGCCGGCGAAUACUUUUUUGGGGGGUGAGGGCCUUAGAUCAGUUGCAGAGCAGCCCUUCCUUGCCUGCAGGUAAAGGUAAAGGGACCCCUGACCAUUAGGUCCAGUCGUGGCCGACUCUGGGGUCGCGGCGCUCAUCUCGCUUUACUGGCCAAGGGCAGCGUGGUCGUCAGACAGCUUUCUGGGUCAUGUGGCCAGCAUGACUAAGCCGCUUCUGGCGAACCAGAGCAGUGCACGGAAACGCCGUUUACCUUCCCGCCGGAGUGGUACCUAUUUAUCUACUUGCACUUUGACGCGCUUUUGAACUGCUAGGUUGGCAGGAGCUGGGACUGAGCAACGGGAGUUCACCCCCUCGCGGGGAUUCGAACCGCUGACCUUCUGAUCUGCAAGUCCUAGGCUCUGUGGUUUAACCCACAGCGCCACCCGCGUCCUUGCCUGCAGAACACCCCAAAUUCAAUCCCUGGCCUCUGCAGGCAAGGCUGGCAAUGCCUUCUGCCUCCCAAACAUUUCUCAGGGCGUGGGAUCUUCCAUCAAAAGCGUCUUUGCACUUUCCCGGUGAGUAGACCCCAAGUUGCUUCUGCAAAAGUGCGGCGAUUCAGAAGUCCUUCCAGAUCCCCAAACCUUCAAUUCUGGCGGAUGUAUCAACCAUAGAAUCCUAGAGUUGUACAUUUGGAAGGGACCCUCAAGGAUCAUCUAGUCUAACCCGCCGGCAAUGCAGGAAUCGUAGCUUAAGGAUCCCUGACAAAUGGCUGUCUAACCUUUGUUUGGAAAGCUCCGACGAAGGAGAGCCCAUCGCCUUUCCAGGUUUCGAGGUUCUUCCCUCAGAUGGAAAAUCCUCUGUCCUGCUUUUUAAAUUACUAUGACAUACAUACCCCACCUUUCCUCUUAAGUAGCUCAAGGCGGUAUACUUUGUCCCCUUCUGCGUUUUAUUCUUACAACAACCCUGCGAGGUAGAAAAGAUUGAUCGGCUCAAGGUCACGCGGUGAGCUUGAGCGGAGAUUUGAACCCCGGUCUCCCAGCACCCUAACCACAUUGGUGUAACCUCGCUGCUGCUUGCUUUAGAUGACAAAUCUUGCUUAUUCUUGCAAAGAAAAAAAAUAAACUCGCCUGCUACGUUUUGGGAAGCUGACAUCAAGCUCUCGCUCAGAAUGAGAAUAAAAUGUCUGAAAGCUACUAUAGAAGAGAGCUUCUUUUAUUUUGAGAAAAUAGCCUGAGCUUUACAGCAAUCCCCCACUCCGAUCCCCCAAAAUGCUUUCAUUUUCUCUGUUUCUCUGCAAGAGAGAACAGAUUCCCUUUCUUCACUUCGCUUUGGCAGAGACAACCGUCAGAUCGUCUCCUUUGGCUGUGAACGUCGCAAGCAAAGUGCGCUAGGGCACAGAGGCAGAAGAAACGAGGCCAAAUGGCUUUGGGUAGAGGUCUGGACAUGGCCUUCAUGAAUGUUGGACUGUUGCCUUUCAUACUGUGGAUUUUGGAAUAUAUGCAUAGCUGUCAAGCGUCCCUUAUUUGGCGGGAAACUCCCUUAUCCCUGCGCCGUGUCCCGCUGCUGUCCCUUAUUGAUGAUGUCCCUUAAAUUUCCCGGGUUUCAAAGGAAGCAGCUCCUCUCCCUCCCUCCCUGCCGGCCAGGGAGGAGGGAGGCUCCAACUGUGUUGCUUGGCUGCGUUGCUCACCCAAUAAGGAGUCUAAGAACGACUGGGGGGUGGAGCUUGCAUGCCUUGUGCCGAUCAAAUCGGCCGUGUUGCCUGGGGACUCGCCUUUGCUCAGCGCUUCCCAGCGGAGAGGUGACGGUGGUUUUCCUUGCUGCUUCCCCUUUGCUGGGUUGCUGCGCUGUGGGAACCACCGCUUGAGGCUUUGUUUGGCUGCUGGCUGGGCUUUCUGCCUUUGGCUCGGACAUACCUGUGUCCGGAAAAUCCCUUAUUUUGGCUGCUGAUCCCUUAUUUCCGAAGCUGCUGUUCCCUUAUUUUCAAAUCUGUAAGUUGACAGCUAUGGAUAUACGGAACAACGGCCACACUCAAAGCCGGGCUGAGGAACCUGUGCCCCUUGUCCCAGGGGUCUCUGGACUACAACUUCCAUCAUCGUCCUGAUUUUGGGAUAACGGCAGAGCUGGCCCUACCACUAGGCUCCCCGCAAAGCUAUUUUUCGACCUUCCUGACAGGUUUAGAUCAGGAUCGCACAAGAAAUCCCUCUUGGACAAAACACAGAGACAUUAGUGCGCUUCCAGGGGUUGAGACAAACCGCUGCGAUAGCGGCAGCCAAGCGACCUCCAAGGGGUGCAAGCCUGGGCAGUGAGUCUGGAGGUCCUGGGCUGCCCAGACAACAAGACCCUCCUCUCAGCUUCACUGAGAAAAACAGAGUAAGAUGUUGGGCACCCGCUUGGCUGCCAGAAGGAGGCGUACAAGGCGCCAUCCAACUGCCUUAGGGACCCCAGUCUGGAUUUAUGUAGGCUUCACCUCUUAGCCUCUCCUACUCCCAAUGAUAUCCUGCAAGUUAGCAGAGGUUUAGGAUCAGAUAUUUCCUUCUCUUAGACAGGCUCCCUUCCCAAGAUGAUGACCUCUAUCAUCAUUUGCUCUACGGCACGUGCCAUCUAUCUAUCUACAGUCAUACCUCGGGUUGAAGUUGCUUCAGGUUGAGAGUUUUCGGGUUGCGGAAGUAACAGAAUGUGUUACUUUCGGGUUUCGCCGCUCACGCAUGCGCAGACGGUCAAAAUGACAUCAUGUGCGGAAGCGGCGAAUUGCGGCACGCGCAGACGCGAAUUGCAUUCGCUUCAGGAUGCGAACGGGGCUCUGGAACGGAUCCCGUUCAUUUCCAGAGGUACCACUGUAUCUAUCUCUAUCUAUUUAUCUAUCUAUAAUUUUUAUUUUCCCCCAAUUAAUAUUUUACAUUCACAUCAUCAUUAUCCACUAUACAGUGGUACCUCGGGUUAAUUCGUUCUGGAGGUCUGUUCUUAACCUGAAACUGUUCUUAACCUGAGGUACCACUUUAGCUAAUGGGGCCUACCGCUGCCACACGAUUUCUGUUCUCAUCCUGAAGCAAAGUUCUUAACCUGAGGUACUAUUUCUGGGUUAGCGGAGUCUGUAACCUGAGGCGUCUGUAACCCGAGGUACCACUGUACUGCUCUGGCUCUUAGAGCCUGUUGACUUUCAAAAUUAACCUUUAUAUCAUUGCCAUUUAUACGUUUCCCAAUUCUAAUUACACUCAUUGCAGAAUGACUCAAAAUUUAAAUAAAGAUAGAAAAUUUCUCAUUGCAAGUCUUCAGACAACCCUGCUAGUGAUGUUAAUUGCUUACAAUGAUCUUUCAAACAUCGUAUAAAUUUACCCUAGUCCUUUUGGAAUACUUGAAUACGUGCUGGUUUCGGAUUUUUCCUGCCAGCUUCACCAGUUCUGCAAAGUCCAUCAUAAUCUGCCACUCUUCUUUCGUUGGGACUUCUUGCUGUUUCCAUUUUGGAUAAAACAACAACAAACAAACCUAUGGUCACGUAAAGCAUCCUCAGUAAACACACGAGAUGUAACUGGCUGUGUUCUUAGAUAAAUAAGGUAUACAGUGGUACCUCGCAAGACGAAUGCCUCGCAAGACGGAAAACUCGCAAAACGAAAGGGCUUUGGUUUUUUGAGUUGCUUCGCAAGACAAUUUUCCCUGUGGGCUUGCUUUGCAAGACGGAAACGUCUUGCAAGUUUGUUUCCUUUUUCUUAAAACCGUUAAUACAGUUGCGACUUGACUUCGAGGAGCAACUCAUAGCACGCGGUGUGGUAGCCUUUGUUGAGGUUUUUGAAGACUUUGGUGAUUUUUGAAGCUUUUCCAAAACUUUUCCGACACCGUGCUUCUCAAGACGAAAAAAAUCGCAAGACGAAAAAACUCACAGAACGAAUUAAUUUCGCCUUGCGAGGCACCACUGUACUAUUCAUUGUAUACCACAGCGACUACUAUGCCAUAAGAUCUACUGUCUUGUAAUAUAACACAUGUUCUUUAACUUCUGAUGAAGCCCAAGACGGCAAAACAAGGCCAAUAUUCCGGAAAUCCUUGUCUUAGACUCUGUGAAAGGAUUUUGUGGAACUGUAACAACCUUUCAUGUUGACUGUUUGGACUUUAUGAACGGACAGGUGGAAUAGACACCAUUACAUAGAUGGACCUUAUGCAUGAACUGACUAGAGAAUGAUCCGAUCCACUGGGUCUUCGGCUUUGUUUGUUUGUUGAACUUUGUAAGUUACUUCCGUUGAAAUUUACAAUUUGAUAGAAUGAAUAGUAUACCUUAUUUAUCUAAGAACACAGCUGCUUACGUCUCGUGUUUUUAUUGAGGAUGCUUUACGUGACCAUAGGUUUGUUUGUUGCUGUUUCCAUUUUGGGAACAGAAACUGGCCUUCUUGACCGCUGGACCAACUCUUGUUCUCGUCUGCUCCAUCCAUCAGAGCCUGUCUUCACAUGCAGGCGAAGUUCCUAACUCUUUGAGGGUUUGAGACCCAUCAGCCACCAUCACCUGGUUUAGCCAGCCAGUCGAAGCCGUUUCCCAGGAUUGUGGCCGCGUGUCACAGCUCCUGGGAGGCACAGGUGAGAGCUGAGUGCAGUCUGGAGACCAAAGGACGACAAACUGCCCCAGAAGAGCAUGAUGUGUCCCCCUUCCAGACUUAAAGGUAGAGGUAAAGGGACCCCUGACCAUUAGGUCCAGUCGUGGCCGACUCUGGGGUUGCAGCGCUCAUCUCGCUUUAUUGGCCGAGGGAGCCGGCGUACAACUUCCGGAUCAUGUGGCCAGCAUGUGGCAAACCAGAGCAGCGCACGGAAACGCCGUUUACCUUCCCGCCGGAGUGGUACCUAUUUAUCUACUUGCCAAGGGAGCCGGCGUACAGCUUCCGGAUCAUGUGGCCAGCAUGACUAAGCCACUUCUGGCGAACCAGAGCAGCGCACGGUUGGCAGGAGCAGGGACCGAGCAACGGGAGCUCACCCCGUCGUGGGGAUUCAAACCGCUGACCUUCCCAUCGGCAAGCCUCAGGCUCUGUGGUUUAACCCACAGCGCCACCUGCGUCCCUAGACUACCAGACUUAUUGCCCCCCUAACACCCCAUGGCUGCCUAUACACUGUGCAUUGAAAGCACAUUCCUUCCUCGAAUAAUCACAGCAACUGUCGUUUGCCCCUCGCCUAGCUACAAUUCCCAGCGCUACAAUUCCCAGUAUUCUUGGGGGGGGCAUGUGCAUUUUAAUGUGCUUUAAAUACAUGGGAUGUGCUCAGUUGCUUGUGACAAAGGAGCCUCAGAGAGGAUAUUAUAGAAUCAUUGGCCCAUCAUUCCUACGGCACCAACAGUUGCAGGGAGAGCUAGGAGCCACAGGUGAUUGCUGAGUGGACAUUAAGAGCAUGAUGUGUCCCCCACCAGAGGUACUAACCCUUCCCUAAUUCCCCAUACUGUCAGUUUGUCUAAUUCUGCAUAGUCCAUUAAUUUUGUCUCCCACUCCUAUUUCGUCUGUAAUUCUUCUUGUUUCCAUUUUUGUGCCAGUAAUAUUCUUGCUGCCGUUAUUGCAUAUAAAAACAUUUUACAAUCCUGUCUAUUAAUAUCCUCCCCUACAACGCCAAGUAAAAAUGCUUGUGGUUUUUUUAAAUAAAUGUAUAUUUUGACAACAACCUCAGAUAUGCAGAUGACACAACCUUGAUGGCAGAAAGUGAGGAGGAAUUAAAGAACCUUUUAAUGAGGGUGAAAGAGGAGAGCACAAAAUAUGGUCUGAAGCUGAACAUCAAAAAAAUGAAGAUCAUGGCCACUGGGCCCAUCACCUCCUGGCAAAUAGAAGGGGAAGAAAUGGAGGCACUGAGAGAUUUUACUUUCUUGGGCUCCAUGAUCACUGCAGAUGAUGACAGCAGCCACGAAAUUAAAAGACGCCUGCUUCUUGGGAGAAAAGCGAUGACAAACCUAGACAGCAUCCUAAAAAGCAGAGACCUCACCUUGCCAACAAAGGUCCGUAUAGUUAAAGCUAUGGUUUUCCCAGUAGUGAUGUAUGGAAGUGAGAGCUGGACCAUCAAGAAGGCUGAUUGCCGAAGAAUGGAUGCUUUUGAAUUCUGGUGCUGGAGGAGACUCUUGAGAGUCCCAUGGACUGCAAGAAGAUCAAAGCUCUCCAUUCUGAAGGAAAUCAGCCCUGAGUGCUCACUGGAAGGAGAGAUCCUGAAGCAGAGGCUCCAAGACUUUGGCCACCUCAGGAGAAGAGAAGACUCCCUGUAAAAGACCCUGAUGUUGGGAAAGAUGGAGGGCACAAGGAGAAGGGGACGACAGAGGACGAGAUGGUGGGACAGUGUUCUCGAAGCUACCAGCAUGAGUUUGACCAAACUGGGAGGCAGUGGAAGACAGGAGUGCCUGGCGUGCUGUGGUCCAGGGGGUCAUGAUGAGUCGGGCACGACUAAAUGACUAAACAACAACCUUUGUUCUUUUUGUAAUUGUAGCAUAUGGGUUGUAAUGUGUGAAGUUUAUAUCGUUUUCAUGUACACAGGUCAUUGUUUCAUAUUUGAAUUCUUUUGUAGUUGCGCUGAAGAAGAUUCCAGCGAAACAGUCAGAUUAUCCGGGAUCACUGUCCUACGUUGUUAUUCACUUACUACUUCGGCACCUAAAAAAAGUUUUACCGCUUAGCCCACAGGAUAGCAUCUAUUAUUAUGUUUCAACCAUAGACUUAUUAUGCUUCUACGGACUUUCAAAGAGUGACAGACAUGUGUUCAUUUAUUUCAAAUAUAUUAGAGAAUUUACAAGUGUACACACUGUGUUUUUGUUGUACUAAAUCAUGUAUAUCAUGCAAUAAGAAUUGCAGUGCUAUCUAGUAUACAGUUUUCGUGUUUUUUGUGUUGUUUGUUGUCCCCAAAGAUUCCUGCAAACCCCCGUUUUUCCAAACGCAACCUUUGUCAACAUGACUGGCGCACGUGGCACCAGACUGGCAGUGUUGUCAAGCAAUGUGGUUCUUAUUGAUCAACCUCCCCACUUAAUAACUUUGGCGCUUCUUUUUCCAGAUAAAGAGCUUCAGAUCCUGAAACGCAGCGAGGGCGAGGCCCGGAAGGAAUUCCCCAAAAAGACGCCGCUUCUGGAUUCAGAAAGCAGCCUUGCCCCCAAUGCGUCCUCUUCAGAGUUCGUGCCACCGUUGGCCGAGGACAACAGCAAGAACAUCAUCCCCGUCUACUGCUCCAUCCUGGCGGCCGUGGUGGUGGGACUCCUUGCCUACGUGGCUUUCAAAUCGUAGGUCUGGGACGCUCAGGGUGGGACGGGCGUGUAUAGGGGAUUUUGGCAAGCAAUGUGCCUUUGCGGCUGCGCAGGCUAGUGGUUGGAGCACACUUGGAGUGGAGAGUAAGCAGGAGCGUUUGCACAGAUUAUUAUUAUUAUUAUUAUUAUUAUUUAGAUUUAAGAUGGGGCUCUUUGGGCACGGCAGCUCAAAGCAACUUGCAGGAUUGGAAACGAUGAUGAUGAUGAUGAUGAUAAUAAUAAUAAUAAUAAUUCUGUGGUUUUUUUUAAUGAUAUUUAUUAAAAUUUCACAUAAAAAGAAACACAUCAAUAAGGAAAAAAAUUAAAAAUAAUAAGAAAAAUACACAAUACAAAAUACAGGAAAAAAAAGAAAAAGCAGUUAAAAACAAUUCCAUCUUUUCAUCACUACUUUUGAAUUUACUUAUUUUCUGGACCUCCUCAUACCUCCCUCUUUUGUAUUCCAAUUCAGUUUUGUUUGUCCAGCAAUUCCUUUCCCUCCUUUUUAAUCCCAAUCCUUGAUCUUAAUAUAAUAUAACAUUAAAUUUUUAUCUAUUAAUAGCCAAUUUUCCAUUCUUUUAACCUUUUUACUCCUAAUCCUUAAUCUUGAUCUGUAUAUAACUUUAAAGCCUGUACAGCUAGAAACCACUUAGUUUCAAUCCAUCAUCACUCUAACAUUCUUUAAUUUUGCAAUAUUUCUGUAGGUAAUCUUUAAAUUUCUUCCAAUCUUCUUCCACCGACUCUUCUCCCUGGUCACGGAUAAUAAUAAUAAUAAUAAUUAUUAUUAUUAUUAUUAUUAUUCUGAAGGCUCCCCUUCAGAACUGCGCACUCAGCUCCCAGGCAGGCUUUGCACACAGCAAACAUGAAAAAGACAACAACAACAACAAUUUAACAACAAACAACAACAAUUUAUUAUUUAUACCCCGCCCAUCUGGCUGAGUCUCCCCAUCCACUCUGGGCACACAUUAAAACCAGCAUUUAAAAAAUCCUAAAAUAAUAAUAAUAAUAAUAUUUUAUUUAUAUCCCGCCCUCCCCAGCCGAAGCCGGGCUCAGAGCGGCUAACCACAGUAAAAAUAACACAGUUUACAUAAAAUCACCAUCAACAUUUUCCCCCCAUUUUCAUCUGAGCCCAGGUGCUCUGUUGAGUCCCGGCGAGGCAGCGACUUGGCCACAAUAGAGUUGCAAAAAGACACACACACACACAGCAUUAUCCGAAAAUAUGGGGAGAGGCCGCCCUCCCCGCUGGGCUGGGUCUCGCCGCUGGGGCCUGUCGCCUGAAUAGGAUUAAGCCCGGCGCUGGGAUGCUGUGGUCCAGAUUAGGCCAGUCUCUUCUCUCGCCAGCCGGGGAGGCUGAGAUUAAUGGGGUUUGGCUGAAAAGAAGCCCAGUCGCUUGCUGUUCUAUUGGGAACGGGCAAAACUCCCCCUUUGUGCCGGCUUUUGGGGCAGAUUUAUUUCCCUCCGAGCCGCCUCACCCCCUCGCGGGGCUCUCGCUCUUUAUACAUUCCUCUCACACCGACGGACCCCCAAUCCCAGGCCCCUCCUGCUGCUCGGGGCUCUAUAGAUUUGGCUGCGGCCGACGGCCCCACAACUGCUCUCCCCUGGCUCCCCAAAUCCGCCUCCCGCUUCUGAUUUCCCCUCGUAAAUUUAGUGCGAGGUGACGCCGUCGGCCCCCCUCUCUUUGGGGAGGAGAGGAGCCAAUCUUUUCCCACGCAGCGGUCAGUUUCCGAGACGUUUCCUCCGGCCCCAUCUGCACCCCGCUUCCUGGCAUCGCCCUGUUGGACCACCUCCCAAAAAAGCACACACACACAUACACACACAAUGUUGCAGCGCAAACGUUUGCGGUUUUGCAGCAAUGUCCGCCAGCUCUCCACGUGGCAGGGGGUCUCCUCUUCCAAAUUUGCUCAGUGGUCUGUUAUCAGUUUUAAAAAUCUGGGGUGCGUUCGGAACACUGCGGGUCCCACGUUCUGGUCGCCUUGCCUCAAAGCGGAGUUGGAAGAGGUUGGGGAAAAAUGAAGGGGAUGGAGCAAAUCCUGUUAUGAGGAAAAGGACCGUUUAGAGAAAAGGGAAGAAAGAGGAGAGACGUGAGAUUAUGCAUGUCCUGGCCAGAGUUGAUUAGAGAAAAGCUUUCUUAAACUUUCUUAUGGCAGUAGAACUCGUGGGACGAAGCUGAACGUUGGAAGGUUUGGGGCAGAGAAAAGAAAACCCUUCGUCACCCAGCGUAGAGUUAGCCUGUGGAACUCCCUGCCACAGGCCACCAACCUAUCUGACUUUAAAAGAGGAUUGGACAAAUUGAUGGAGGGCUAUCGAUGGCUAAGCUCAGCCUCCGUAGUCAGAAGCAUGGUCGGAAACCGCAGAAGGAGAGAACGCUCUUAUGUUCGAAUCCUGCUUACGGGUGCCCCAUUCUUUUAGGACUGGUUUAGAAAAGAAUUUUUUAAAAGCUUCCGUUCCGUUCUUCCAAGAUGGUGUUCUCUGUUCCUCCCUGCUCAUCCCUCCCCCCCCCCCCCGUUUUAAAUAAGAUUCCCAGAAGUAUUACAGUGGAAACCCAGGUUACAUACGCUUCAGGUUACACACUCCGCUAACCCAGAAAUAGUGCUUCAGGUUAAGAACUUUGCUUCAGGAUAAGAACAGAAAUUGUGCUCCGGCGGCGCGGCGGUGGCAGGAGGCCCCAUUAGCUAAAGUGGUGCUUCAGGUUAAGAACAGUUUCAGGUUAAGAACAGACCUCUGGAAUGAAUUAAGUACUUAACCUGAGGUACCACUGUACAGAGAUGCCAGGAAAGAACAAAGAGGAAGAAACAAAGGAUUAAAUGAAAAAGUAAAACAGAGCAAGAACAUGAAUGUUUCCCCAACCUUAGUGUGCUUCACUCCCCAAUAUAUAUAUGUGUGUGUGUGUGUGUGUGUGUGUAUAGAGAGAGAGAGUUUGCUUUUUAAUUAAAUCCAUACGGAAUAGCACUAUGCAGGCAAGUGAUCAGAUGUUGUUGUUGUUGUUUAGUCGUUUAGUGGUGUCCGCCUCUUCAUGACCCCCUGGACCAGAGCACGCCAGGCACUCCUGUCUUCCACUGCCUCCCGCAGUUUGGUCAAACUCAUGCUGGUAGCUUUGAGAACACUGUCCAGCCAUCUCGUCCUCUGUCGUCCCCUUCUCCUUGCGCCCUCCAUCUUUCCCAACAUCAGGGUCUUUUCCAGGGAGUCUUCUCUUCUCAUGAGGUGGCCAAAGUCUUGGAGCCUCAGCUUCACGAUCUGUCCUUCCAGUGAGCACUCAGGGCUGAUUUCCCUAAGAAUGGAUAGGUUUGAUCUUCUUGCAAUCCAUGGGACUCUCCAGAGUCUCCUCCAGCACCGUCAUUCAAAAGCAUCCAUUCUUUGGCGAUCAGCCUUCUUUAUGGUCCAGCUCUCACUUCCAUACAUCACUACAGUGGUACCUCGGGUUAAGUACUUAAUUUGUUCCGGAGGUCCGUUCUUAACCUGAAGCACCACUUUAGCUAAUGGGGCCUCCUGCUGCUGCCGUGCCGCCGGAGCACGAUUUCUGUUCUUAUCCUGAAGCAAAGUUCUUAACCUGAAGCACUAUUUCUGGGUUAGCGGAGUCUGUAACCUGAAGCGAGGUACCGCUGUACUGGGAAAAGGCUGCCCUAACCCCGAUUCUGGCGUUGAGAGAAUAACGCAAGGGUUUCUUACCCCAGAUGACUAUUUGUAUAGAAGGUGGGGAUCGCCAAAGAAGACCACGACGACAACAGAGGAUGGUCUAAACUGGCGGGGUGGGGGCUGCAAGCUCAUCUGCCGCGGAGCCGGUGUCAGUGGCUGGGGAGGGGGGGCGCGAGAAGCCCUUGCUCUCCUCUCCACAGGCCCUCCAAGUCUGGGAUAAUAAGCCUGCAUCAAUUCUCUCCCCUGCUGGCAUCUGAAGACAGAUGGCCCAGAAAAUCCUGGCGGAAUUCUGUGGGGGCAGAGUGGAAAACAGCUGGGUCAGGAAGGAGGAGGAGGAGAAGGGGAUGGGGGAACUGGCAGGAAAGGAGGAGAGAGGGAGCGGAAACCGGCUGGUGGGUGUGCAGAAGGAUGGAAAGGGAGAUAAAGGGGAAGUUCAGCUCAAGGUAAUUUGGGGCGCAGUUGCAACGGUUCAUAGAAGGCGGGGAGUGUCCUCUAUGUCCAUUUCUGGCCAUGCACAUAAUAAGGGGAUUCUGCCCCCCCCCCAAUAAUAAGACUUGUGGGGUUUAAUAAGUUAACUGUUUAUAUUUGGGCAACUUUUCUGCUGUCCUUCAUUGGAAGGAGAAAAACAAUCAUUUCCUUAAUAACAAUUUAAACAACUUAUUUAACUAAAGCAACAAUAUAGCAUAUGUAUCCAUAUUUGUUAACUGAUGUGGUUAAACCUUUUUUUAAAAAACAACAGGCUGAGUUUUAUCACACAUGAAAUCCUCAUUUCCUGAUGAAUAGCCUUUGGACUAGAAUGUAACUUAAAUAGAAAAACUAUCUUUAGAAAGAGUUUUCCUCCAAAAGCAUUUUAUUUUAAAAACCCGAUUGAAAUAAAAUAAAACCAAUCAAUUCAUUUUAUUAAUUAAUUUAUUUUUUAAAUAAUUGAUAUUUUUUUUAAAAAAUAUAUAUUUUUAUUAGUUUUUUAACAUAUUAAUUCCAACAUUCAUACAGCGUAACUUCUCAUCUUAUACAAUAUUUUUGGACUUACGUCAACAUCUCUGACGAUUUUCCGUUCUUUACCACUUCUUGUGCAUUUCUUAAUUUCAUAUUACCUUUCGUUAUCCUUAACCAAUAAUUCUCCUCCUUAUCUUUUUUGCAAUAUGCCUUACAAAACUUCUUGCAAACCUAACGAGCGUCAUUUGUUCGUCACAAUUGCUUUUCAAAUAGUCCGUAAAUUUACUCCAGUCUUGAUUUUUACCCUUCACGCAAGUCAGAUUCUCCCCCACUAAGCCACACUGCUUUCCUGGUUGGGGUCUUCAGGGCGAGGCAGAAGCGAUUGGUAGCUUUCGUGGGGGGGGGGCGGGUUUGGGGGGAGAUCUGGGGUUCACCUCUCCCUGCUCUGCGCCCCUCGCUGACAUCCGUGUGUCCCCCUCCAUCCUUUUCGGCACGAUUGCAGCUGGAGCACAUGCAAGCAGAAGAGGCAGCUGGCCAAGGCCCGAGCGGGCGAACUGGUGACGUCCCCGGAGGGUGAGAAACUUCACAGCGACAGCGGGGUCUUCCUCGACACCCACAGCCUGCAGGAUCAGCACCUUCCCAAGAAGGGUAAUAAUAUUAAUCAUCAUCAUCAUUUAUUAUUUGUACCCCACCCAUCUGGCUGGGUUUCCCCAGCCACUCUGGGCAGCUUCCACAAAGACAAAAAAUACACUAAGAUGUCACACAUUAAAAACUUCCCUGAACAGGGCUGCCUUAAGAUGUCUUCUGAAUGUCAGGUAGUUGUUGUUCUCUUUGACAUCUGGUGGGAGGGCGUUCCACAGGGCGGGCGCCACUACUGAGAAGGCCCUCUGCCUGGUUCCCUGUAGCUUUGCUUCUCGCAAUGAGGAAACCGCCAGAAGGCCCUCAUCGCUGGACCUCAGUGGCCAGGCUGAACGAUGGGGGUGGAGACGCUCCUUCAGGUAUACCGGGCCGAGGCUGUUUAGGGCCUUACAGGUCAACAUCAACCCUUUGAAUUGUGCUCAGAAACGUACUGGGAGCCAAUGUUGGUCUUUCAAGACUGGUGUAAUAUAGUCUCAGCGGCCGCUCCCAGUCACCAGUCUAGCUGCAGCAUUCUGGAUUAGUUGUAGUUUCCAGGUCACCUUCAAAGGUAGCCCCACGUAGAGCGCAUUGCAGUAGUCCAAGUGGGAGAUAACUAGAGCAUGCACCAUUCUGGCGAGGCAAGGCUUGUGCCCCCAGGGUUUCCCCAAGCACAAACAGGGCGGCGUGAUUUGUGGCUGGCGCACCCUGGCCCAAACUGCCGCAGGCAGUGGCGUAGCGAGGUGAGGUGGUACCCGGUGCAGAAUUUUUUUUUGGUCACACACACCCCACGCACACAUCGAUGGCUCGGGGUAGGCUUCAGAAUCGCGGGUGGCGCGCCGAACGUCACCCCCCAGGCCAGUGCCGGAUUUACGUAUAAGCUAAACAAGCUUUAGCUUUGGGCCCCACUCUCUUGGGGGCCCCCAAAACAAUUUAAAGGAGAAAAAACUGGAUGUAAGUUUCCAAAAUAUAAGAUGAAAAACAAAUAAAACGAAACCUACAUACAAAAUGAACCUCUUUAUACAGCAGCAUUUGUCAUCAAAGAGAUGCACAGCUAAGAUGAGACAGGUUAUUUUUAGAUUAAUAUUUUUAUUUUUUAUUUUGUUUCAUUUUCCUUUUUUCUUUUAAUGUUUGAAUUACAAGUCACUUUGAAUCUGCAUCCUGAUUGUUUUUUUAAAGACACAAAUAAGUCCAAUAAGUUUUGUUUCUUACAUGAAAUUUUUAUACUUCUUGAUUGUAACAGACCUCAGAAUGAAACAAUAAUUUUUUGGGGGGUGAAAACAGUUAAAAGCCGCUAUUUAAAGCAUUCAAAACAUAAAACCGGCAAGAAACCGAAAGCAGAUCAAAAUGCAAAUCAGCGUUUCUGAGUAUCUGGGUUGGCUUGCUUAAAUAAAUAUGUUUUUAGCCGGUGCAAAAAAGGGUACAGUGAAUGUCAAUAGGCAGGGAGUUUCAAAGUUUAGUUGCUGCCACAAUCUUGGAACAGGUAUUACGUGGCGCCUGUAAUGGGUGAUAUCCUCUCUGACCUUCCCCCCUCUUUCUCCACGCAAAACAGGGCACAGGAUUGAACCCCGCCUGUACACGAACGUGCCGCCCCACAAGCAGGAAGAGGUGGAGCAGCUUCUGGAAGCCCCCGCCCACGGCAAAGACUGGCGCUGCCUGGCCAACUACCUGGGCUACGAGGAAGAGACCAUCGACGCCUUCGGCCGGGGAGAGGCCCCCGCCCACACCCUGCUCUCCGAUUGGUCGGCCAAGGAAGGGGCCACGCUGGAGUCCCUCUACGCGGCCCUGGCGGCCAUCGAGAGGGCGGACGUGGCAGAGAACUUGAGCGCCCCCACUGAGGUCAGCUCCGUGGUGUGAUGGGGGAGCGGACCUGCUGGCCCGGCAGGUGGACUGACUUAGGGUUACGUUUGUGGGUUUGGG